AUGUUGUAUGUCAGACUACUGGCCGCUGUCCUCAUAAUGAUCAACACAUGGCUGCUAAACUCUGCUCAAUUAGAUCAUAUCCGAAGAUACAAACGCACAAUGGCUCAGAGAGCUGAUAGUGAACUGGCUCACUUAGCAAGUGAACAGUGCAGGUCCACCAGACAACCGAGACAAGCAGCAUACUCAUCAUCAGUUCCACAUCUCCCUCCAGUGGCUCACCCAAGGAGAUACACCACAAGGCAAAGUGUUCUCUAUCAUAUAACUCCUCUUGAGGAGUCCUCUUGUUCAGGUGGGUGCAAUUCUGAUGCUAAUUCUAACCCGGGACUGGAUAGUGCCUCUCAUUGGGGCAACGGUGAGAAGAAGGUUGGUCGGGGAAACUCAGAGGCAGUGCUACCCAAAGACAAGAAGGAUAGUCAUGUUAAGAUUAUAGGGAUGGUCAGUUCUCCUCGCCCCAACUCCAGCAGAAAGCCUCCCAGUCGGGCUGAAGUGACAGUGGACUCAAACAGUGACAAUGACAAACCAGAGGUUGAUGGUGGGCGCUCUGAGGGCCCACACAAGCAGCUGCUGCUCAAGAAGCAGCAGAGAGUUCUGACUGGAAGGGUCCGCCGUAGCCUGGCAGUCUCACAUGGUGAAGACAGUUGGGCAGCUUUCCCUGAGAACGUAGUAAACUCCCGCGGGAUAUUCUCUACAUUUUGGCAGCACAGUGACUAUUCUGCUGAGAGUGAGGACUACGCUGAGGAGCAGGAGGGACCACCUAGCCCCGGCCGUGCCAGCACGUUGUGGGGUGCCCAGAUUCCAGACAUCCCCCCUAAGUGGAUGUCUGCUUUGUACUUUAAUGGACAGAAGGAACAACUGAGGGUCAAUCCAGCAGCUGGCAUUGAGCUUCCUCGAGCUAAAUUCAGUGUUGAACUGUGGGUUAACCCAGAGGGUGGGCAGACUAACCCAGCCAUCAUAGCAGGUGAGUGAUAUUCCAAAACCUCUCUUUCUCUCAUUGUUAAAGUGUUAAAAGUGUUACAAGUUUCAAAUUCAGUAUAUAGACAACAAAUGGCAUAGUUGGGCAGAUGAGAGAAAUUGUGAAGUCAGCCAUUAUGAGGUGCAAAUGGGUUAAGGGGUGGAAUGUUACAGACACAAAUGGCCACCACCUGCAGUCUUGUUGUUUUGACAUCACUUUUUGAGAGGUUUAAUGCUCAGUCACAGGCUACCCAGCAAAUAGAUUCAUUGCCACAUGUGAUGAUAACUUCAAUAAAAAAAUAUAAAGUUGUCCCAAUCAUUUGAUUUAUAUCAAAACUAAAUUCCUGGAUAUUUUUCCCAAGCCUUGAAGUUUUGUCGUUUCCUCUGCUGUCUGUAGGUGGGAUAAAUCAAAGAUAUUUGGCCUUGGUGUUCACCAAAAGUGACAAACGUCAAACAGUAGGAGUAAACUGAAGUGCAAGGUUUUGUGGAGGUUCAAUACCAGUGGUGUAAAGUACUUAAGUAAAAAUACUUUAAAGUACUACUUAAGUAGUUUUUUUGUGUAUCUGUAAUUUACUUUACUAUUUAUAUUUUUGACAACUUUUACUUUUACUCCAUUACAUUCCUAAAGCAAAUAAUGUACUUUUUACUCCAUACAUUUUUCCUGACAUCCAAAAGCACUCGUUACAUUUCAAAUGCUUAGCAGGACAGGAAAAUUGUCAAAUUCAUUCACUUAUCAAGAGAACAUCCCUGAUCAUCCCUACUGCCUCUGAUUUGGCGGACUCACUUAACACAAAUGCUUAGUUUGUAAAUUAUGUCUGAGUGCUGGAGUGUGCCCCUGGCUAUCGGUAAAUUAAAACAACAAGAAAAUAUUGCGGUCUGGUUUGCUUAAUAUAAGGACUUUUAAAUUAUUUAUACUUUUACUUUUACUUUUGAUACUUAAGUAUAUUUUAACAAUUACAUUUACCUUUGAUACUUAAGUAUAUUUAAAACCAAAUACUUUUAGACUUUUACUCAAGCAGUAUUUUACUGGGUUACUUUCACUUUUACUUGAGUCAUUUUCUAUUAAGGUAUCUUUACUUUUACUCAAGUAUGACAAUUGGGUACUUUUUCCACCACUGUAUAGAUCAAAUUGUUAUUGAUAGUGUAGGCCUACUCUCCUCGUAUCCUGCAGGCAAUGUACCCACGCUAGUCUAAUGCUGCAUUCAUAACCAAGUGGGAAGGUGGUAAUUACCAGUUGUGAAGUCGUAAAUACCAGUUGGAUGCAUUCACGUGCUUUGAACUCAUUGACAAACGCUGAUUGGCUAAUGGCCCACAAGCUGCAUCAACCAUAAACUAAAAGUACAGCUAUCAUGCUUGUAAACCAAUUAUAGUGUUCAAAAGCCAUAUUAAUAGAUUGCUUUUCAUAAAUUAUGUUUUUUUAUUACAUUUAACUGGUGAAAAUGCAUUUGGGAGAAGUCAGAUGUCAACAUUUGGGAGAAGUCGGAGCUCAGGUUUUCCCAUGGUGUCCCACUAGUAAUUACGAGUUGGAGGGGCAUUCAAGUGGAUUUUUCCCAGUCACACUGUAUGUGGUUAAUACCACCGUCCCACUUGGUUAUGAACGCAGCAUGACAGCAGGAUAAGGAUAAAGGUUGAAGGCAAUAUGAUAUAGGCAAUAUUAAUUCAUUAUUUCACACUUCUAUUUUGAUUGAAAUAACAGAAGUUGGAUGUCAGAAUUGGGAUGUCAUUUACUGAAUAAUGUAGAAAAUAGCCAGGAGCAAUGAUUGAACCAAGGACCUUACACAUGUAAAACUAACAUGCUAGGCAACCACAAGAGGCACAAUGCCUGCAGGUUUUCAUCCUUGUCUUUUAAUCAGGACUGGAGGAAGCAGGUGGGUAGAUUCCCUGACCAAUGACAUCAAUUGCUCAAUUAAGGCAAAUUUCCGAUUGAGCCGGCAGCAUAUGCAGCGUUUACCGUGAAUGCGGUCUCUGCGAAUGCGAGAACAUUACCUUUAUUAUUAUUAUUAUUUUUAAGUUGCAUAGCCGACAAAGUGCGAUUGUAUUGUAUCCCGGCCUAAGAAUCAUAGAGAAUAGAACACCCCUUACCAACCCAUCUAUGCCAUUGCAAUUCUGAAAAUAGCCACACUUAGACAUUUACAUUUACAUUUUAGUCAUUUAGCAGACGCUCUUAUCCAGAGCGACUUACAGUUAGUGAAUACAUCUUUUUUUUUAUACUGGCCCCCCGUGGGAAACGAACCCACAACCCUGGCGUUGCAAACGCCAUGCUCUAUCAACUGAGCUACAUCCCUGCCGGCCAUUCCCUCCCCUACCCUGGACGACCUGGGCCAAUUGUGGCGCCGCCCAUGAGUCUCCCGUUGUCGGCCGGCUGCGACAGAGCCUGGAUUCGAACCAGGAUCUAGUGGCACAGUUAGCACUGCGAUGCAGUGCCUUAGACCACUGCGCCACUCAGGAGUGGCUAUAGUUGUGUUUAGUAGGACUGUAGAUAGCUAAGUACUGUAGCUACACCUCUUUUCGGAAGAGCUCAUGCUUCCACCACCUUUCAGUUGUCCCUCUUUCCGAUUUUAUUUUGUUUUUGUUUUCCUCUUCACAUGUAACUUAUACAGUGGCUUGCGAAAGUAUUCACCCCCCCCCCCCCCCCCCCCCCCCCCCCCCCCCUUGGCAUUUUUCCUAUUUUGUUGCCUUACAACCUGGAAUUAAAUUGGAUUUUUGGGGGGUUUGUAUCAUUUGAUUUACACAACAUACCUACCACUUUGGAGAUGCAAAAUGUUUCUGGCCACUCUUCCGUAAAGCCCAGCUCUGUGGAGUUUACAGCUUAAAGUGGUCCUAUGGACAGAUACUCCAAUCUCCGCUGUGGAGCUUUGCAGCUCCUUCAGGGUUAUCUUUGGUCUCUUUGUUGCCUCUCUGAUUAAAAUGCCCUCCUUGCCUGGUCCGUGAGUUUUGGUGGGCGGCACUCUCUUGGCAGGUUUGUUGUGGUGCCAUAUUCUUUCAAUUUUUUAAUAAUGGAUUUAGUGGUGCUCCGUGGGAUGUUCAACGUUUUGGAUAUUUCUUUAUAACCCAACCCUGAUCUGUACUGUGCCGCUUGCUUGGUGGUGCCCCUUGCUUAGUGAUGCCCCUUGCUUAAUGGUGCCCCUUGCUUAGUGGUGCCCCUUGCUUAGUGGUGUUGCAGACUCUGAGGCCUUUCAGAACAGGUGUAUAUAUACUGAGAUCAUGUGACAGAUCAUGUGACACUUAGAUUGCACACAGGGGGACUUUAUUUAACUAAUUAUGUGACUUCUGAAGGUAAUUGGUUGCACCAGAACUUCUUUAGGGGCUUCAUAGCAAAGGGGGUGAAUACAUAUGCACGCACCACUUUUCCGUUAUUUAAUUUUUUUCAUUUCACUUCACCAAUUUUGACUAUUUUGUGUAUGUCCAUUACAUGAAAUCCAAAUAAAAAUCCAUUUAAAUUACAGGUAGUAAUGAAACAAAAUAGGAAAAACACCAAGGGGGAUGAAUGCUUUUGCAAGGCAAUGUAUUAAUCAUGGCCUACAAUCUUUGGCCUCAAUCUUUAGUGACUCUCAUGUGACAUUUGACAAUUAGUUUAUUCCACAUUUAUAUCAUCAUUUGUUUUUCUAUAAAAUGUAUUAAUUCCUGCUCCGGUUUUGAUUGGCAAAUUUACCAUAGCAUUUGACCAGAUAAGUAGACAGACUAGUUUUAUUCUCUACUAUUAUAAAUCCGUCCCUCUAUUGUUGCCAGAUUAUAGUAUCAAGACUUUUACUUGGCAGAGAUGCUGUGUUCUAACCACUACUUUGAGUGAAUUAAAUCUUAACCAUGAAAUUGGCCCACCCUCCUAAGGGAUAUUUUGUUACAAUGUUUUCAAUAUCCAAAACAUUUCUGAGUUUUUGUGUGUACAGUGUGUAUGGAAUGAGGGGGAAGGGAUUCCCUGACCUUUAACUGUCCCAGCAUAGAACAUCUGGAAGCCAGAUGUGAUUCUCUCUUUCUGAGAAACAGCUGGGAAUCAGUGCCUUCGUUUAGGGAAAUACCUUCAACCCCUCAACUCUCUAGGUAAUUUGGCAUUAAUUAUAUUGGAAGAAGAUGCUCGAUGUUUGUCUUUUUGCAAAAUAAUAUUUGUAUUCCUUUUGUGCAGGGGUUUUUGACAACUGCUCCAACUCCUUAAGUGAGAAAGGAUGGUCCGUAGGUAUUCGCACAGUAAAGCCAGGGGGAAGAAAAGAUGCCAGAUUCUUUUUUACACUCCGUACGGACCGAGCUCCCAAAGCUACCACUAUCUACGGGCAUCAGCGCUACCACCCUAACUCCUGGACUCACCUGAUGGCCAGCUACAAUGGCCACAAGAUGACCCUCUACAUAGAUGGUGCCAAGGUUGGGGAGAGCAGUUUGCAGUCUGGUAACCUCUACAGCCCGUUCAUGGAGACCUGUCGAACACUUCUUCUCGGUGGGGACCAGUCAGACCUUGGGCACAACUUCCGAGGGCACAUCAGAGGCAUUGUGUUAUGGGUGCUCCCUCGCACUCAUGAGGACCUCCUUAAAGGGCCUUCUCGGAUUGAUAAGAGGAAACCAAACCUCGCUCUCUGGGCGGACUUCUCCAAGGUAGAGCAACAGUGGAGUCCUCAUAAGGAGGGCUACCACCCGUCCAUAGUCAUCAUCCCUAUCCCUGAGCAGGAACAUGUGUCUCCCUUCCUGCCCCCUCCCUGUGGAUUAACAGCCUGUGACAACACAGACAUCAUCCUCGGCUACAAUAACCACUGGCAGCUGCGCACAGAGAAAAGGAUCCGCUACCGCAUUGUCAACAUCUGUAAGGACGACAGAAGUCAUCCCACUGUCUCCCAGGCCCAGAUCCAGAUGCAGCACCAGGCACUUGUCGAAGCCUUCCGGUCCUACAACAUCAGCUUUGAGCUGAGCACACAUACUGUCCAGAACACAUCUCUACGCCAGCGCUUCAUCCUCAGCAACUGCCGGAUCAGUAAGAUUGGGAACAGGCACUGUGACGCGGAGUGUGACCAUCCACUGACGGGCCACGAUGGUGGGGAUUGUCUGCGUCUGGGGCCCUGCUACAACUGGAAGAGGCGGGAUGGCGUCUGCAACACAGAGUGCAACAGCAUCCACUACGACUACGAUGAUGGAGACUGUUGUGAUCCUGAGGUCACAGAUGUCCUGAAGACAUGCUUCGAUCCAGAGUCCCCAGACAGGUGAGACAUUUUCUUUCAAUUUGUUUUUGGCAGGGAUCCUUAAUCCUGCUCCUAGAGAGCCACAGCAGUACUGCAGGUGCUCGUCCCAACAAAAACACAGAUUCCUCUAAUCAAGGUGUUGAAGAUCAGUUGAAUGGUUGAAAAUGUAUAUACAGUUGCUGUUUUGGGAAAUUGUCCCAAUCGUCUGAACGUAUGAAUUAGUCACAAACAAUACAGUUAUGCAUUUCGAGGUCCAGAGCAAUCUCCUAUCUAAUUUCAAAUGAAGUUAAUGGGUUUAUAAUGGUGUUCUUUACUAGUUCUGACAAAGAAAAAAGUGCUGCGUCUGUCAUCCUUAGCCUCCCUUAGCUACUGCAACCAGAAAAGUGGUGCUGCCUGCUCCUGUAUUUAUGGGACUUUGUGGAUGUUGUGAGUUUUUAACGAUAAUGACAGUAAUGAUAUUGAGGCUCUACAGAGGCCUUGGGAGCUUAAUGCCUAAUUAGCAAUGUCUUGAUUCACUAAAGAGGCCUUAAGUGUCUGUCUUCAGGGUACUUUGUUUUUACAUUUUACAUUUUAGUCAUUUAGCAGACGCUCUUAUCCAGAGCGACUUACAGAAGCAAUUAGGGUUAAGUGCCUUGCUCAAGGGCACAUCGACAGAUUUUUCACCUAGUCGGCUCGGGGAUUAGAACCAGCGACCUUUCGGUUACUGGCACAACGCUCUUACCCACUAAGCUACCUGCCGUUUUGUUAGGGUAUGUGUAUUACACAACAUGUGAGGCACACAAAUUGAAACUCUAGAACAGUUUCCGAAAGCAUGUGAAACUGGGAAUGGAGAGAGAAGCCAAAGUAUACGCUUAUUAUCGCUAAACAACGAAACCAGAAGUCUCCUCCGCUCCGUUCUAUUCUUUUUGACAGGCAGGCUUAUUUGGGUUUCAAACAAAAUGCAUGAUGUCUUGCCAUAAUGUCGUUCUUCCUUAAUAGUGCACAGCAUGUAGGUAGAAAUACUUAACCUGCGAUUGUUGUCUGAUCCAUUUCACAGAUGUGAUACAAAUCAAUAAAUGUUUUACAAUUUCCUGAAGAAUACAAUUUCCUGUAGAUGAUAUAGUCUACCUUCAUUGUUUUUUGUAAUAUAAACUUAAAAGUUAUUUUCAGGUUCAAACUUAUUGGUGAUACAUUCCCAAACUGAUUAUGGUAAUGAAUUGCUAUUGAUAUGAUAAUUAAACAUUUUAAUUUGAAGCAAUAUUGCAAUGAGUUUGGGGUACCUGUCCAACAGAAACAGUGACUUUCUCUUCACAAUGAGGCAUACUGUAUUAGUAGUUUCCUAGUUGGUAGUUGGUAGUGGUGUGUCUUUUAGGUAGGGAGUUGUCAGACAGAGUCCAUAAACGGUUCAAAAUGUAUUCCCACAGAGAUGAAUUGGGCACUAACAAUACAUUUGGAGUACAAUCAGUCAAUGUGUUGUUUUGCACAGAGAGCGAGGGCUGGUAUUUGUACCUUAAAGAGCAACAACAGCAGCUACAAAGCCAGGCCCCAGACAGAUAUAAAAGUAAGUGUCGGAAAGGCAUGAGCGUAGAACUGACUUCUGAUUUAUAGCUUGCAAUGAUGUAAUCUCUCUCAAUUACUUGCCAAAGUUUUUCCAACCUCUUACUCUUCCCUUAAACUGUAUGAAUGGCGAAUCCACCAGAGAUGCAAAUGCUUAAUAAAACACGUCUCUCUGGAAUAUCUGCAGUGUAGCCUAGGUCUUUAAAAGGUCCUGACCUGAGCUGGUUGGAAGAGUGCAAUCCCUGGACUGCAAUCCAGAGUUUUAGGAUAAUUAAUGCAGGGAUGACAUUUUGAUGGCAUUUGUAGAGAGUACAAUUUUAUGUUUGGGUCUGGGAUUGUGGUAUUUUUCUGUCUGAGUUAUUGUCCAGGUAUCUGCAGCUGGGCAAUAGAAUUCAAUCCCUAGCCAAUUGCUGUCACUACACAAAUUUGUUGUUCAAGCAGACAGAGAGACAGCCAUGAGGAAUGGCCAGGUACAUGAAGAUUUUGGCCACACAUGACAGAGAAAGGAAAAAUGAGGAGGACAUUUUAGCCAUUAAUGCUGUGAUAUUCCCCUGCCGCUGAGGGGAUCCAGAACUGGUGGUUUGAAUCCGUUUGUGAGGCAAACUAGGUGGUUCUCAAAAAUCCCUUUUUCUCCAACAAUGAAAGGACAUUUGGAAAAAGUUACAUGGCCUUUGAGAACAGUUCUACAGUCCUAAUUCAGAUUUUGAACAUAAUUCUAUCAAAUUUGUACAGUAUAAUAAUUUUGUAGAAAAUAGGCCUACUGUAUUACGUAAUGUAAUACCCCCUUUCCAGGUGUAUUUUUUGGAGUGCCAGUGUUGCAAGAAGUUUGUCUAUGAAUAACAAAUCAAAUCAAAUUUUAUUUGUCACAUACACGUGUUUAGCAGAUGUUAUAGCGGGUGUAGCGAAAUGCUUGUGCUUCUAGCUCCAACAGUGCAGUAAUAUCUAACAAUUUCACAACAUAUACCCAAUACACACAAAAAAGUAAGGAAUGGGAUUUAAGAAUAUAUACAUAUAUGGACAAGCAAUGACAGAGCGUCAUGGACUAAGAUACAGAAUCAUAUUAUAGAAUAGAAUGCAGUAUAUACAUAUGAGAUGAGUAGUGCAAGAUAUGUAAACAUUAUUAAAGUGACUAGUGUUCCAUUUCUUAAAGUGGCCAGUGAUUUCAAUAGGCAGCAGCAGCCUCUAAUGUGCUAGUGAUGGCUAUUUAACAGUCUGAUGGCCUUGAGAUAGAAGCUGUUUUUCAUUCUCUCGGUCCCAGCUUUGAUGCACCUGUACUGACCUCGCCUUCUGGAUGAUAGCGGGGUGAACAGGCAGUGGCUCGGGUGGUUGAUGUCCUUGAUGAUCUUUUUGGCCUUCCUGUGACAUCGGGUGCUGUAUGUGUCUUGGAGGGCGGGUAGUUUGCCCCCGGUAAUGCGUUCGGCAGACCGCACCACCCUCUGGAGAGCCCUGCGGUUGUGGGCGGUGCAGUUGCCGUACCAGGCAGUGAUACAGCCCGACAGGAUGCUCUCAAUUGUGCAUCUGUAAAAGUUUGUGAGGGUUUUAGGUGAUAAGCCAAAUUUCUUCAGCAUCCUGAGGUUGAAGAGGCUCUGUUGCACCUUCUUCACCACACUGUCUGCGUGGGUGGACCAUUUCAGUUUGUCGGUGAUGUGUACACCAAGGAACUUGAAGCUUUCCACCUUCUCCACUGCGGUCCCGUCGAUGUGGAUAGGGGGGUGCUCCCUCUGCUGUUUCCUGAAGUCCACAAUCAUCUCCUUUGUUUUGUUGAUGUUGAGUGAGAGGUUAUUUUCCUGGCACCACACUCCCAGAGCCCUCACCUCCUCCCUGUAGGCGGUCUCGUCAUUGUUGGUAAUCAAGCCUACUACGGUUGUGUCGUCUGCAAACUUGAUGAUUGAGUUGGAGGCGUGCUUGGCCACGCAGUCAUGGGUGAACAGGGAGUACAGGGCGGGGUUCAGACCCAGGGCCUCAAGCUUAAUGAUGAGCUUGAAGGGUACUAUGGUGUUGUAUGCUGAGCUAUAGUCAAUGAACAGCAUUCUUACAUAGGUAUUCCUCUUGUCCAGAUGGGAUAGGGCAGUGUGCAGUGUGAUGGAAAUUGCAUCGUCUGUGGAUCUAUUGAGGCGGUAAGCAAAUUGAAGUGGGUCUAGGGUGACAGGUAAGGUAGAGGUGAUAUGAUCCUUGACUAGUCUCUCAAAGCACUUCAUGAUGACAGAGGUGAGUGCUACAGGGCGAUAGUCAUUUAGUUCAGUUACCUUUGCUUUCUUGGGUACAGGAACAAUGGUGGCCCUCUUGAAGCAUGUGGGAACAGCAUACUGGGAAAGGGAGAUAUUGAAUAUGUCCAUGAACACACCAGCCAGCUGGUCUGCGCAUGCUCUGAGGACGCGGCUAGGGAUGCCGUCUGGGCCGGCAGCCUUGCGGGGGUUAACAUGCUUAAAUGUCUUAAUCACGUUGGCCAUGGAGAAGGAGAGGCCACAAUCCUUGGUAGUGGGCCUCGUCAGUGGCACUGUGUUAUCCUCAAAGCGGGCGAAGAAGGUGUUUAACUUGUCUGGAAGCGAGACGUCGGUGUCGGCGACGUGGCUGGUAGAGUUCUCAACUGACUGAAUUUUGUCCAUAGCUGUACUGAAUGUAUUCUAUCAGCCAAAAUAGUGCUUCAGAAUGUAGAAUUCAACAUAAACAACCAAUACUUUAUUAUUACAAACUAUCAAUCCAUUGUCUAUAUUUCAUAUGUUAUAUGUAUUAUGAAACUCAUUUGACCUAAUGCUGAAUUGGAGCACUCAAGCAGAUUGACAUAGCGUUUGCUUGUUUAAUGAAACCUGGAUGUAAGGCAAACUACACUUGGUCAGUUCUUGAGUGGAACACAUCCAAGAAACAGUAGGUGGUUCAACUAAUGGGCUAGACCCUUUGGCAGGUUUCAAAAGGGCAUACCUUUUCAAACGAAUGGGCCAGUGAUAGGUGGAAAGGCUUUCCAGCUAUAAAAGCAAAAGUGAAAAAUGACAUGUGACAUAAUCUAGAAACAAGUUCACUUCACACAUCAAAGCAGUUCUAUGGCAAUUUAUCACAGUUGGGAGUGGGGGGAAGUGGAAGGUAGUGGUUUCAUGUAGCUACCCAAACCAAUUCAAACUAUGUUGUUUUGGAAGUAGUAGAAUUGGAUGUAGAACGAGAGAAGUGGAAAUGAACUCCCAGAAGAUGAGCUACUUUCUCAUCAGGAGUUCCUCUGACUAGACUACUUGACUUGAAUGUUACAAAAUGUCUAUUUUCUCCGUUGAGCACCACAACAUACUGUAGGACUUUUUCACCACGAUGUCAUGGGAUCCGAUCUACAGUCAGGUACAUAAUUAUUGGCACCCUUGAUAAAGAUUAGCAAAAAAUACUAUAAAAUAAAUACAAAUACUGAGCUAUUUUGUAUGCUCAAAAACAUAAAAAAUGUAUGUUUUACACUAAUACAAUAGAGAUUUUGUUAAAAAAUUAAUAAAACAAAUCUAAAAAAAGAUACGGGUCAAAAUGAUUGGCAGCCCUGUACUUUAGCACCCUCCCCUUGCGAGGAUAACAACACUGAGCCUUUUCUCAAAUGUUUUAUGAGAUUGGAGAACACAUUGGGAGGGAUCUUAGACCAUUCCUCCAUAUAGAAUCUUUCCAGAUCCUUGAUAUCCUUUGUCUGAGAUUAAGGACUGCCCUCUUCAAUUCAAACCACAGGUUUUCAAUAGGAUUAAAGUCCAGAGACUGAGAUGGCCAUUGCAAAAUGUAGAUUUUUUGGUCAAUUAACCAUUACUUUGUGGAUUUUGAUGUGCUUCGGGUUAUUGUCUUACAGGAAGAUACACUUGCAGCCAAGUUUCAGCCUCCUGGCAGAGGCAACCAGGUUUUUGGCUAAAAUGUCCUGGUACUUUCCUGGUUAAGUUCAUGAUGCCAUUGAUCUUUGAUGAUAAGGGAUCUUUGAUCCAGGGAUAGGGACUAUUUUGUAUCCAGUGGUCCUGGGGCCCUUGUUAAGGUCAACAGCAUCAUGACGGCCUUUGCCAGGAGGCUGAAACUUGGCCGCAAGUGGAUCUUUCAGCAAUACAAUAACCCGAAGCACAUCAAAAUCCACAAAGAAAUUGUUAAUUGGCCACAAAAUCAUCAUUUUGCAAUGGAUAUCUCAGUCUCCGGACUUGAACCCAAUUGAAAACCUGUGGUUAAUACAGGGGUGCCAAUAUUUUUACCCUUAUCUUUUUAGAUUUUUAAAAAUUACUUGUUAAACAAAAUAUCUUUCUCUGAGCAAUUGUAUUAGUAUAACAUAAUAAUUUCCCCAAAAUUUGAGCAUACAAUAUAGCUCAGUAUUUGUAUUAUUUAUUUUAUAUAGUAUUUUUUGUUCAUCUUUAUCAAGGGUGCCAAUAAUUAUGGACCUGACUGUGUGUGUUUCUGGGAGUUCAUUGAUUCUACACCUGUGUUGUCUGAUAUUUUCACAGGGUAUUUGAAACUGUAUACCGUUGCUAUUUACUGUAGGAUUGUGUGAACAAACUGUCCAAUUGGCCUAGACUAAAAGCAGGGAAUGCAAGAAAAAAAUUAUACUAAUGACACAUACUUCUUCUCCUUGCUGCAGAGCCUAUAUGAGUGUAAAGGAACUGAAAGAGGUGUUGCACCUGAGCAGCACAGACACCCUCAACGUUUUCUUUGCCAACAACUCAGCCCGUGAAGAGUUAGCAGGGACCGCAACCUGGCCAUGGGCAAAGGAGGCCCUCAACCAUCAGGGUAAGCUACUGCUAUACCCCUUCCUUCUGUCUUUACUUGAAUCAAACACAAAAAUCAUUGAGCUACAAAAUGAUAUGCAUGCUAUAACAUGCCAAACUGGAUUACAUUGACUUCUAUUAGGUUAGAAAGUACACAAAAAUGUUACACAAAAGUAAAACGCAGAAGAGGAGCAGGUAGGAAUUGCCUUUGUCUUCAGAUUCUCUCUCCUCCCGCUCCCUCAAUCUCCCCCUCCUUCACUCUCCCCCUCUCCCUCACUCACUCUCUCUCCCUCACUCUCUCCCUCCUUCACUCUCCUCAUCUCUUGCCCUCUACUCUUUGAUCUCAGUAUUAGCUGUAACAAGAUGAAUUAGCCUUAAUCCAGGGUAUAAAAGAAAACACUUGCAGCACGCAUAGAUUUCCUGGCAGAUUGCCUCCUAAUUAUUAGGGCUGUAAAGACAACCCCAACAACAACCAAACAAAAACAAGAAAAGCCAGGGUAAUGCGCUGUUGCCAUUCAUACAUCCCUACCAGCCCAUUUGACUGUUUUCACUGUAACUGUUUUCAAGUGCUCGUUAAAGCUAAGAGAUUUCUCCUCACAUCUAGUUAUUUCAUAAAUCCCAACUUUACCUGAAGUGGGAAUGUAUUUUUCUAAUUGGUUUGGACUGGUAUUAUUUUGGCUGUAUAUUGCUAAUGGAAUUGUUCUACCCCAAUAAGAAAGACUGUACUGCAUUACAGUCAUGUUGCUUCUUGUAAAUGAUCCUUAAAUAUCUUAUAUUCUCUUCUGUGUAUUCUCUUCCAUCUACCGAAGAGCUGUAAAUCAGUCAGUAAGAGUGCUUGGCCGGGAAGUGAAACCCCUUUAAAGUAUUAUUCUCCGUUCAAUCAGGUUUGUUGUUGUGCUCCCUCUGGGUUGUGUCUUACCUCCUGGCACAUUCAUUAUGGGCCCUGAGGAUGGCGUUCGGUGCAUUCCAGCAUAGAUGUCCUUUUUUUCUUCCUCAGGGUUUAACUGCAUCAACAAGCCAGUCAGUGUUUUGGGCUGGGCUUUCUCUGAUACAGUAUGUCCCUGAUGGACCACCGUCUUGCAGGUUUCCAUCCCCUCUUUGAACCCCACAGCUCCCAGAAUUUAGGAUAUUUCACUCAAAGCCACAUCUUUCAAUAUGAUGACAGAGUAAGUUGUUGAAUGAUACAGGGAAAGAUGCAGUGGUGCCACGACUGUAAGAAAGACGAGACACUUCGUAGUGUCAAUCGUGUAGUUACUUUUCCCAGUCUUAUUUUGUAAUUAACUGUUAAGCUUGUAUAUCAGAUGAUACAGGAAUAUAUAUGAUCACCCACACCUGAUGAUUUAUGUCUGAGGAUAAACCAUGAGAACCUUUUUAGUGAGUCCCAUCAGGACUUACAGUCAGGAAGUCUUCGUCUGACAAGCAGGUCCUCUCCCAAUUGUACGAGAAUAUAUUCCCAACCUAAGUGGAUGUUGAAGCAGAGCCCUGCAAUACAUCUGUCAUUGUUUACAGGCUAUAAAUGUGCUAUUAGUGAGGUUGUCUCAACGGGCCCAGCGGAGGUCCUUACAAAUUGAAUAGUGUUUCUAAUUAGAAAACAAAUAGCAUUUUUAUUCUAUUCCAGCUCUUAAAGUUUAUAAUGGGCAAUAACCUCUGCUUCCAUAUUCCAUCAUAAGAAAUUAUGCAAAUUAUUUCAGGGAUAGCACUAUACUUGUUUCUUACAUGCUGGGUUUAAAACUGCUGAAGGUUUGCCUCGUCUUUAAGUGGUUAUAAAUGUCACAUCGUUUAGGGUUUUUAUGACACUAGUCGGUUCUAAAACCAAAUGUUAACAUGCUAUUACUCAGAGGGCUUGUCAGACAAAAUGUGCUCGACUGUUUGUUUGAGAUGGCAAGCUUGACUAACUAUUGAAGAAACACACAAUAAAACAUUGAAAGAAGUUGACAUAGAGAUGGUGUCUGAUUCAUCUUUGCCCAAAAAAAACCCCCCACUGUGAUCAUGGAGUAUCAUCGUCUGGGAUGGAAGUUAUUUACGGGCUCUAGAAGUACUUGGGAAGCAACAAAGGAAGACUAUUUCAGCAAUCUCACCACCUGUUGAGUUCUGUUAGACAACUAUAUCAUCCCAUCCUAUCCACAGGUGGAAUGGUGAUGAAUCCAUCCUACUUUGGCACUGUCGGACACAAUAACACAAUGAUCCAUGAGAUGGGCCAUAUCUUUGGACUGUACCAUGUCUUCAAGGGGGUCAGUGAGCGGGAGUCUUGUGAUGACCCCUGUCAGGAGACCACUCCCUCCAUGGAGACAGGAGACCUAUGUGCAGACACGGCCCCUACACCCAAGUCUAAGGCCUGCCACGACCCUGGCCAUGUCAACGACACCUGUGGGAUAACGCUCUACCAGGACACACCAUACAACAACUACAUGAGUUACACAGGUAGGUCUACUGUAACCGCUCUGCAAUGGAGUCAGCAUCCGUUAGUCUGCGUCCCAAAUGGCACUCUAUUCCCUUCAUAGCGCACUACUUCUGACCAGAUCCAUAUGACCCUGGUCAAAAGUAGUGCACUAUAUAGGGAAUAGGGUGCCAUUUGGGACACAUACCUAGAAUGAGGCAGUGGUGCCGUACUCCUACUGCAGGACCACAAAGGUCUACUGCAGGGGUAGGCAACUAGAUUCAGCCGUGGGACUAGUUUUUUUUGGGGUAUAAUUAUAAUAAUUUGUACACUGCAAGUUCAGCACAACUAAGCCCAAAAAUAGAUUUGAAAAUAACAAUAAUUUCAUACCUUGAUUACAUUGAUUACAUUGAGACACGAUCACAUAUGUCUCUUUUUUUAUUUGUGGAAAUACUUGGGAACAGAUUUCCUAACAAGCUAAUUUCUUGCUGAAUUCCUGGUGAUUGUACUGUUGUUGUUUGUAAAAAAAAACGUACAUUCCCCCAAAUUCCCUCUGCAACCGCCUGCUGCCGACCCCUGGUCUACUGUAUAUGUGAGGUUAAAUCCAAGUGUAUUGCAUUUGGACAAUGGAUCGCAUAGUACAUCUAUUGUGAUUGAGAUGUAGUUGUCCCUGAUUGCACUGACUUUGCUCUGACUUUGCUCACAGCUGCUUGUUUGAAGAAGUGUACUUACUGUGAUCAAGAUGUGGUUGUCCCACUGGUUAUCCUAAGUUGAAUGCACCAAUUUGUAAGUCGCUCUGGAUAAGAGCGUCUGCUAAAUGACUUAAAUGUAAAUGUAAAUAGUAUGGCUAAUUCAUCCACAUCAAACGAGUGAUCAAAAUUCACUUGUCUCCUUAAAGGAAAAAUCCACUAAUUCCUUUAAUUUACAGUGUUAAAUAAUACUAAUAUGUGAGAACAAUAUUUUUUGUGAACAAAUGUUUCAUUUUGGCGUUAUAAUAAGGUUGGUAGCAACAUGGAAAAUCGGUGUGGAAAUCUGUUGCAGCUCAAGUCGACUACAAAAUCCACAAUGCAAUGCUCUCUCUAUGGACUGGCUGGCUGGUUAGCUAUCUAGGUAGCUAGCUAGCAAACGUAGCUACACACAAUAAUACCAAAGACAAUAUCAGCAUGUAAAGUAGCUACUUAGCUGUAAAAUCGCCUAAACAAACGGCACUAUCAAUUUAAGAGUCUACAAUCUCACCAUGUUCAACCUGCAGAUCGAUGUGCCUCACAGAGUGGAAUCUGACAUUCGCAAUGGCAGAUAUACUUUUGAGGAGAUGGGAAACGUUGCCCAUGCUACGUCAAUGGGCCGCGCAGUGCAUUCUGGGCGAUUCUGGGACAAGGAGCGAAUGGGAGUCUAUUGGGCGCUAGCUCAAAAAUCCAACAUUAGCACGAAUUUCGUCACAUUACAAAUAUUUUCCCAGAUGUGAUAUAUUUAACUUGCUAUCUGUAAUAUCGUAUAGCUUUGGAAGUUUCUCGAUAUAUACACUGACUUUAAGAAGGGAUUAUGUGACGAUUAGCUUAGCAACCGCGUGACGCAGCAUGACAAAGUGAACGCGAUUGGUCGAUAGUCUGCUGGGUGGGGCGUUAUAAGUUCCUUCAUUCAUUGGAUUCUUAUCUCCUUUCUAUAAUAAAGAGGCAGACAAAUAGGAAAAAUGUGCUGGACCCUUUGUUAAAUUACAAAUUUCUCAAGGUAGGGAUAUCGCAAAAAUAUGAUCAAUGGCUCAUUCGAGAGAAGACAUCCUCCCAAGUUAUGACAUCAGCCAGUAUUGAAAUCUGACAUGUAUGAUAGACGUUUUCGCGAUCUAAAAGUCAUAUUCCUAUUGACUUCCAGUGUAGUGAGAGCGACAUUAUCACAGUGCUACGUCAUACCGGCCGGAUUUCUGCCUGCUUGAACGCCAAUAACUAGAUACAUGUGAAAACAUGAAAUAACCCAGGGAAUCGAAAAAACAUCACUCAGAGAUGCACAACAACAAUAUAACAUAAAAAACGGGUGAACCUUUCCUUUAAGGCGUCCGCAUACUUCCCAGCCGAAACAGUUCGGAAGAGUUCGUGCAUAUAUUAUGACAACAUUUUGUAGCGUUUUUGUUCGUUUUGGACUUCGGUGAGGGUUUUUUCAGCUGUUCGGGCACACACAUUUUUUUCUGGAGGUAAGCCGAAGUUCGGAGCCGACGUCUAUGCCCUUUCGUCGGUGAUUGGUCAACAGUAGGGAUUCAUUCAACGAGAGACUACUCGUUUUCAAGCUAAUUUUGUUCAUUGCAAACAUUGCAAAAUACUGCACCAAACAUCUUAGUUAGAUGUAAAAUUGCGUGACUAAGAUCUCCUCGGCAAAAACGUCAAAAUUAAUGACAGAUUUCUUGGCUACAGCGUCUCAAAAUUGACAACAUUUUAGUCAUUUAGCAGACGCUCUUAUCCAAAGCGACUUACAGUUAGUGAGCGCAUACAUUUUUCAUACUGGCCCCCUGUGGGAAACGAACACACAACCAUGGCUUUGCAAGCACCAUGCUCUACCAACUGAGCUACAGGGGACUAGCAGUACUAUUGCUGCUAUUUUUCUCGUUUUUCAAGAGAAGGUACUUUAAGCGAAUACGUGAGCACACUCGUUCGGUUCGGCUAGGCGUCAGCCGAACUGAAGCAUUCUGACGCCAUUAGAUGAUUUCCGCUGGGAACAUUGACUCUACUUUCACUUCUUCUCCUCAGACGAUAACUGUACCAACCAUUUCACACCAAAUCAAGUGGCUCGGAUGCAUUGUUAUAUGGAUCUAGUCUACGAGAACUGGCUGAAUGACAGAAGGCCCACCCCCAUCCCUCUCAAGCCCAUGGUGAUUCGACAGAGCUCAGUCUCGGUCUCCAUUCAUUGGCUGCCACCUGUAAGAGGGCCACUUCAUCAAAGGUAGAAUAAGUGUGUAGCUAAAUAUUUUCCUCAUAUCAACAGCAACAGUAAUGAGAUAGUAUGCAUCCCAAAUGGCACCCUAUUCCCUAUAUAGUGCACUACUUUUGACCAGGGCCCAUAGGGAGCCCAUAGUGCACUAUAAAGGGAAUAGGGUGCCAUUUGGGAUGCAGACACAGAUAUUCAUGAAUGAUAAUUACAUUUUGAAAGAUUUUCUGAUACUUACAUUUGAGCACCUCUCUUAACAGUUCUCCUACAGUGGAUAGUGUAAACUGCAGGGACUGUGAGGCAGACGGUGUGUUCCAUCAAUAUGCCUAUGAGGCCACCUCGCCCCGGGUCUGUGACUCCUCCGGAUACUGGACACCUGAAGAGGCUAUUGGUCAGUAUUUCUCUUUUGCCACACAUGGGCCUGUGUGGCUUAGUUAGUACAGCAUGCCACUUGCAAUGUCAGGGUUGUGGGUUCAAUUCCCACUGGGGCCAUCCAUACUAAAAUGUAUGCAUGCACUACUGUAAUUAGGUUUGGAUAAAAGCGUCUGCAAAGUGGCAUAUAUUAUUUAUAUUAUGAUAAUUGCAUUAGCCACUAGUAGCCAGUUUAGUCUAGGAUAGUAGUCUCAAGGCCAAGUUACAUGUCUCUGACACUACAAAAACAUAAUAAAGUGAGCACAUAUUCAUCAUCUGAUAAAUUAUUUAUUUUAAUCUCAUUGAUUUUAGUGUGUUAUUAUGUCCAUUCUGAACACAAAACAUUCAGUUACUUACAGUUUAGGUUCUGCCUUUCUGCAAGGAGGAUCCCCUAUUCUCCUGUGGGUAAGGUGCGUGCAGGGAUAAAGACUGGCUGGAAGAAAAAUAAGAAAAUCAUUAAAUAAUAGUUGCCAGGCUAAAGAACUUCUCUUGUUUUGGCCAUAAGAAAAACAGGGUGCUUGGCAAUGUCAACUUUUGGCAAUGUUGGGUGCCGUCCAACAUUGAACUGUCAUAAAAACUAUGUGUAUCCUGUAGUGCUUUGAAACUUUAUGCUUCAUGUAACAGAUGUUCCUUAUUAUUCCAAUCAAGAUUCUUUGAGUGUGGAGAAGCCCAGUCUUUCGACAUGACGUGUAUAAAACGUUUUGGAAAUUCUACCCAAAUAUGUGGAAAUCCUCCGAUGGAAUUUGUGCUUUGAAAAAAAGACAUAGAGAAGGAGGUGAUUAUUCUCCAUGCUGUACUUUAAUGAUGAUAAAGACAAUUACAGCAUUAUCCAGGAGAGGAGCGUGGAAUCCAUAGUUCUGGGGAGAGACACACAGUCUGUUGACUUUUGUUGUGUACUGUAAUGUAGUUUAUGGGAGGAAGAGAGUCAUCUUACCUGCUUGUCCAUGUGCAAGCCAGGUGUUCACUCAUGGGCCUUGAGAAAUUCAUUUAGAACAGGAAAACAAGAGUUUUACAGAUUGAAAAAUUAAGGAGGCUUUUGUAUAUUUCAAAUGGGUUCAGGGACCAAUCACAAUGGGAAUACAAAACAAAACAUGAUGUGAUUGGUAAAUGAGUUGCAAAGAAGAAAAUAAAUGCAACUCAUUGACAAAUCAUGUUUUGUUUUGUAUUCCCAUGUGAUUGGUCCCUGAACCCAUUGGAGGCCAUUUUUAAAUAUAUAAUUUCUCAGUCUGUAAAACAGUUUUGAAUGCUGAUUGCCGAAACACGUUGGUUUUAUGUUUAACAAUAAAGAAGCACUUUUAUCAACCUCAACUUUCCUCCCAAGAGUUGCUGAAUUUCCUCUUCACUUAAUUUGCCCCUAAAUUGCUACAUAUGAAAAAGUAUGAAUAUGUAUGCACUCGCUACUGUAAGGCGCUCUGGAUAAGAGUGUCUGCUAAAUGACUAAAAUGUAAAUGGACAUUGGUUGGAGAGCGAGGUGGCUGUGUUCCCUUCCCUUAAAGGGGAAAUCUGCAGUUGCUACAUCCAUUUUUGGACUUAAAUAAAUGUAUUGGACCCAUUGAUUCUUGAAGAAUAUAACUUAUAAAUGCCUCAUGAACUUAGUUCAACUGGUGUACCCCAUCAGAACCAAAAUAUAAUACUCCAAUGUUUGUAAACAAUGUAAAUGUAAAGAAACACUUUAUAGCCUCAAAACAUGGUUAAAAUUGUAAUUUUUAUAUCAUGGAUGGUCAGUCCUUGCAUCCAUAGCUCUGACUCUGAAUUUGAGAGUGGUUACAUUUCUCCAGGCCCAUCCCUCAGCUUUUUACCAAAACAGAGGCGGGUGUCCGCUUUGCUUUUGUUUUAACUGCAGAUUCUAGGUUUAACAGGAAAACAAGUUAAGGUUGAUUAGGGCGGGAUUAAAUGCAAUCACGUUAUAGCGCAGCAUACUAUACAGCCGACAAUGCAGCUUUUUAAAGGCAUUUUCCCAGACGUUCGCGGCGAUCGUAUUCAUGUUGGUUCAAGCGUAAAUUGCCAUUAAAAUAGUGCACUGCGCUAUAACGCGCCUUGCAUUAGAUCGCAGCCUAUAUGAAAACCAGUCAAAAUGUUCCACCCCAGUACCAGUGUUACCCUUUUACAAAUGAAUUAAACUGUUAGGCCUCUAAAUUGUUAGGCCUCUAAAUUGAUUUAGGUAAGUUUUAAACAUUAACUGAAUUAAUUAAAAACGCAUACAACAUUUCUUUUUAGGUAAGUGUUACUGUAUACCUCAUUCUUUUCACAGAAACAGAUCUUCCCUUUGAUGUGUUCCUCCACUGAAACCCAAGCAUGCAUUUCCAAACCUGGGGAGUCUAUUUAAGCUUGAGAAAGGGAAAAGUAGUGACAUGGUUAAGUUGCUGAAAGCAGGAAGGAUGAUACACUAAGAUCUUGAAUCACUAGGCUUUCCUGUGGGAGCCGUUUGCCACAUCUGAUACAGCGAUUAAUCUGGGCCUUUCUCUGUUUAUCUGACCAAUUUAGUUUUAUGGUUUGACUUGGCGUGCUGAUGUUUACCCUGAAAAAAUCCACACAUGUGAAGGAGCCACAUUGGGUGCAAAUAGCAGAAGCUGUGGAAGCUGUGGAAGCUGUGGAUGUUCAGGCAUUGGCUGGCUGGGGCUACCGCUGCAGGCGCUCUCCCUCUCUCCAUCCAACAGUUUAGUUCAGUACUCUGCUGAGACAUACUACCUGCUCCUUUUCCCAUUUUUACCACAGAGGAAAUGAACAUGCUUUAUAAAUUGUUAAGCAUGGAUUUCUUUCCUGUGCGAUGUUGCACCUGAGUAUGUUGUGUUCUAGAGGGUGGCUUGGAGAAGACCAGUCCAGUCCACAGCCAGGUUGUGUGGUUUCCCCAAACUCUCUAUACUGUAUGUCUCUCCCUCAGAACAUCACUGGUACUCUCCAGUAACCCUCUUCUUUAAUAAUAGUACAGUCAUGUUUUUUCAGUGAUUCAAAUCAUAAAACAACCUUAGAGAUACUGCACUAACUAAAGUGUCAAUCAGCAGUAGAAACAAUAAAGCGUACUACCCGUUUCGGUAAAAAAAUUAGGGAUGGGGCUGGAGAAACUGUAACUACUCUCAAAUGCAUAGAGCUAUGGAUGCAAGGACUGACCAUCCAUGAUAUCAACAUUAUAGUUUGAACCAUGUUUUGAGGCUAUAUAGUAUUUAUUUUUUUACAUUUACUUUGUUUAUAAACAUUGGAGUACAACAAGCUUAUAUUUUGGGUUCUGAUGUGGUACGACAGUUGAACUAAGCUCAUGAGGCAUUUAUAAGUUAUAUUCUGCAAAAAUCAGCAGGUACAUAUCAUUGAAUUAUAUGUCCAAAAAUGGAUGUAGCAACUGCUGAUUUCCCCUUUAAAGACAAAGAAGAAUUUAAAGUGCCUACCUUUUAAACCAAUGAAUAACCUUCUAACUUGCAGCAUUUUACCUGUGUGGUUGGGCAGGUAAGUUGUAUGUCAUCCGUUAACGGUAACAGUCCAGUGUUUCCAGAUUUCUAUGAAAUAUUACCUAUAAUUAAUUACAAUAUGAGUGAAAUAGUUUUCCUUCCAAACAAUGGUAAUAAAAAUAAAUAAAUAAAUAAAAAUAAAAAAUGUAAAAAGCAGCUUUUCUGUAUUGGAAUGGUGUGGGCAUACCCCAACAACAGAAUGGUGUGGGCGUAUACCGGUCAUUAAAAAUAUUAAAUAUUCCUCUAUGAGGAAAUAGCAAGCAUUUCUGAAACGGUCUGUUUGAGAUACAAGUUUGAGAUGGUAAUUUUCCAAUUUAUGCUUUGGCCAAAAAUAUCAGUAUAGGACGAGUCAAAAACAUUAUUUGGGUAUUAGUUAACAGAAUAUUAACUUUUAAAAGUGAGAUUUUCACUGGACAGUUGCUUUAAGAAGGCUUCAAUUAAAAAAUAAUAAGUUGUGGGCCUAUCUGCUCAACACACUAUCACAGCUUAUUGUGAAAUAGACACUUUGUCAUUUUCUUCACAACGCAUGUUUUAAAUAUUUUUUAUUUUGACCCGUUUUUCGUGAUAUCCAAUUGGUAGUUACAGUCUUGUCCCAUCGCUGCAACUACUGUACGGACUCGGGAGAGGCGAAGGUCGAGAGCCAUGCGUCCUCCGAAACACGACCCUGCCAAGCCGCACUGCUUCUUGACACACUGCUCGCUUAACCCGGAAGCCAGCCGGAGGAAACACUGCAUAACUGGCGACCAUGUCAGCGUGCUUGCGCCCGGCCCGCCACCAGGAGUUGCUAGAGCGUGAUGGGACAAGGACAUCCCGGCCGGCGAAACCCUCCCCUAACCCGGAUGAUGCUGGGCCAAUUGUGCGGCGCCUCAUGGGUCUCCCGGUCGCGGCCGGCUGCGACACAGCCCGGGAUGGAACCCGGGUCUGUAGUGACGCCUCAAGCGCUGCGAUGCAGUGCCUUAGACCGCUGUGCCAUUCACAACGCAUUUGAUGUGUAUUACAUAAUUUUCUUCCUUCGUUAGCUAAGCUAGGGGUUAAGGUCAGGGUUAGGAGUUAAGGUUAGGUUUAGGGGUUAAGGUUAGGUAACAUGCUAGCUAAGUAAUUAAAGGGUUAAGGUUAGGGUUAGUGUGCCAUUGGGGACGCAUCUAGGUGUGGGUAUAUAUAUAUAUAUAUAUAUAUAGUAAAACCAAAUGUGUGUGUGUGUGUUUACAGGCCCUCCAGAUGUAUACCAGCCAUGUGAGCCCAGCCUACAGGCCUGGAGUCCAGAACUCAGCCUGUAUGAUGCCAAUGUGACGUCUCCCUGCCCUGAAACCGAGGGCUGCAUCCUGAUGCUGCGCUUCCUCCACCCUGUGGUCCCUAACAGCCUCACUGUGUGGGUCACCUACAUCUCAGCUGGUGGGUCCCGGGUUCAUUCUAGUUGUCUCCAACAGCAUUCGGAAGUAUUCAGACCCCUUGACUUUUUCCACAUUGUUAUGUUACAGCCUUAUUCUAAAAUGGAUUAAAUCAUCAAUCUACACACAAUACCCCAUAAUGACAAAGUGAAAUCAGGUUUUUAUAAAUUGUAGCUAAUUUAUUUAAAAAAUAAAAACAGAAAUACCUUAUUUACAUAAGUAUUCAGACCCUUUGCUAUGAGACACGGAAUUAAGCUCAGGUGCAUCCUGUUUCCAUUGAUCAUCCUUGAGAUGUUUCUAUGACUUGAUUGGAGUCCACCUGUGGUAAAUUCAAUUGAUUGGACAUGAUUUGGAAAGACACACACCUGUCUAUAUAAGGUCCCACAGUUGACAGUGCAUGUCAGAGCAAAAACCAAGCCAUGAGGUCGAAGGAAUUGUUUGUAGAGCUCCGAGACAGUAUUGUGUCGAGGCACAGAUCUGGGGAAGGGUACCAAAAAAUGUCUGCUGCAUUGAAAGGUCCCCAAGAACUCAGUGGCCUCCAUCAUUCUUAAAUGGAAGAACUUUGGAACCACCAAGACUCUUCCUAGAGCUGACCGCCCGGCCAAACUGAGCAAUCGGGGGAGAAGGGCCUUGGUCAGGGAGGUGACCAAGAACCCGAUGAUCACUCUGAAAGAGCUCCAGAGUUCCUCUGUGGAGAUGGGAGAACCUUGAAGAAGGACAACCAUGACUGCAGCACUCCACCAAUCAGGCCUUUAUGGUAGAGUGACCAGACGGAAGCCACUCCUCAGUAAAAGGCACACGACAGCCCGCUUGGAGUUUGCCAAAAGGCACCUAAAGACUCUCAGACCAUGAGAAACAAGAUUCUCUGGUCUGAUGAAACUGAGAUUAAACUCUUUGGCUUGAUGGCCAGGUGUCACAUCUGGAGGAAACCUGGCACCAUCCCUACGGUGAAGCAUGGUGGUGGCAGCAUCAUACUGUGGGGAUGUUUUUCAGCGGCAGAGACUGGGAGACUAGUCAGGAUCGAGGGAAAGAUGAACGGAGCGAAGUACAGAGAGAUCCUUGAUGAAAACCUGCUUCAGAGCGCUCAGGACCUUAGACUGGCGUGAAGGUUCACCUUCCAACAGGUCAACGACCCUAAGCACACAGCCAAGACAAUGCAGGCGUGGCUUUGGGACAAUUCUCUGAAUGUCCUUGAGUGGCCCAGCCAGAGCCCGAACUUGAAGCCGAUCCAACAUCUCUGGAGAGACCUGAAAAUAACCUGACAGAGCUUGAGAGGAUCUGCAGAGAAAAAUACAGGUGUAGCGUCAUACCCGAGAAGACUCGAGGCUGUAAUCGCUGCUUCAACAAAGUACUGAGUAAAGGGUCUGAAUACUUAUGUAAAUGUAAUUAUUUUUUGUGUUUUAUAAAUUUGCAAGAAUAUUCUAGAAAUCUGUUUUUGCUUUGUCAUUAUGUAUUAUUGUGUGUAGAUUGAUGAGGAAAAAUGUAUUUUUAAUCAAUUAAAGAAUAAGGCAAAAUGUGGAAAAAGUAAGGACUUUAACUGCAUGUGUGACAUAACUCCACCAGUCCUAUUUAGGAUGUCAUUUACAAAGAUUAUACCGUUUUUAAACAUUAUUUUCCAAAAAUAAUGUUUUUUAAAAAUCAAUUAGUAUAUUUGAGUUUAACCAUAAUAUUUGUUCUAAUAUUCCUUCUGUCUUUUCUGGUGGAUUAAACUGAAAUUGCAACCAGCUUUCUAUUGCUUGUUUUAAAAAUAGCUACAUUUUGGAGGUUAUUUUAUUUUCAAAUAACUGAAAGUGAGAGGUUGUAAUCUGAAUGAAGGGGAAAAAGGCCGUUCUUGAACAUGGGGUGACAACAGCAUACAUUUAGCAAUUACUGAAACUCUCCACAAUACAAGCCACGCAUUGUGUCUACCUGAAUGUUAAUGCUUUGGCUGUAAUGUCAAGUCACACCAAAUAUUUUUUCUAGGUGUUUAUGAAUAAAUAAAGGGCCAAGCAUAUGCAUUUUACUAUGGAACUGCUUGAUUAUACAGGUGAUGAUUGUCCACCAUGUUGUCUCUACAGAUAACCAGGCGAUCGCCAACAUCGAGCUAAUAACAGACACAGACGAGUCUCUUGACAUGGGUCCACAGCACGUCUUCUGUGAUGUGCCCCUCACUCUACGUGUGCACACCGAAAAAAGGGUGGCAGCUGUCAAACUGAGCACCUUUGAUGAAAAGAUGGAGAUUGAUGCUAUCCUGCUCACUUCUGGGCCCCAUAAUCCUCUCUGCUCCAGUUGCCAGCCUCUGAUCUACCGAGUUGUCAGGCAACCUGCGUUUUCAGGCGAUCUGGUCCAGCAAACUCUGCUUACAUUUACAGACAGGUAAGAUUGACACUGACAAACACUUUGACCUUAGUCCGGAAAGUUCUCCUGUGCAGACACAGAUUUAUUGUUUGGAGGACAUGUACCACUGCUCCAAGAACUGGGCCCAAGAAUACACACAAAAAAGAAAUCACGAUCAAAAUGUAUGUCAGUUACAAAUAUCAAACAAUGUAAUCUUCUGUAGCAACAGAAGCUGAGAUAUUCGUAAUUCUAGUGUUUUGGUCUGGUAUUGUUUUCGCAACACAAAAACCAAAUGUAUUCAGUAGGCUUCUUAGCCCUAGCUACUGAUCCAAAUCAACAUCAAGGGCCUUAUUCAAGAUAACUUUUUGAAAGGAUUCUGGCGUACAUCAAAGCAUUUUUAUCCCACACUGUGAGAAAAGGUGUUAAGUUGAUUAUCUGAAUCAACUUAACAACUUAAGUGUUCUUUGUUUUUUAUUCUGUUCUAAGCUUACUUUUAUUCAUAACAGUCUGCUUGGAUUCUAUAUUAGCAUCAUACACAAUUUUUUGUGAAUGAGUUUGUAAUUUUCCACAAACACUUUCUGGGAUGUUUCUUUUCAAGCGCUUAGUUGCAGAAGUAGGUGGAUAUGCUUAAGAGGUCACGUUGAGGAAUACAUUUGGUUUCAUCUCUAAAAGUUCCACAAGCAGCAGUAAGUGCAAAAAGAUGUAAAAACCAAGGGGAAUUAAGUUAUGUGGAGGGAAGAGAGGCAGUCUCUGGAAUAUAAACCAAAUGUGACCAGCAGAAACAGUAAACACCCGUGGCUGUUUGGAGCUGUUCCUCAGCUAUUUCCUCUCGCUGAAGGCUCUGUACUGUAUGCUCAUCAUGGUUAGUAUAUGAUAAGUGAGAGGCCUGUCAUUUGGAAAAGGGGGUGAAGAGAGAGAAGUGGGGUGUAUUGCAGGAGAGAGAAAAAAGAAAGGUUAAGCAUUGUGACUGACUUUGAGUCUACACUGCCACCAAGAGGUAUAUCUGACAAAGCAAGAUUGUUUUGCACUUGAUAUCCUAAUCCUUAAAAAUAGACUCACACUUUUGGUCCAUUAGUUGAGAAAAAACACUUUUGGGGUAUGUGUGAAAUAUAGGUAGGAUGAAGUUAUGUCGUAACUCCAUGGUCAAGGAUGUAUUAUUUCCCCCUGACCCUCAUCGUCUGGUUUCUACUACUUCGUGGCUCAAAUUUGACUCGUACAUUAAUAACUGAUUGUAUAAUUCCAGUGUCCAUUAAGGCACAAAACUACCCUAAGUCUAAGUCCUGACAAAAAAAAAAACACAGAGACUCCUGUAAAAUUUCCUCAGGUGGAAUGCUAGAGAGAGAGGGCUCUUAGAGCUGAUCCAUAAUUAAUAAGGGUAAUUUGUAGCGGGAGGAAAUCCAACACGCCUGAGAGAGUAGAUGAUGUGCAUUUUUGUAGGCAUUCCUUACAGCUGGCCGGAGACAAUGGUAAUCAAGCAGUGCUGCCGGGAAAUCAAAGGUAGGCUCUUUUUAUAGUUUGGAGCUGACCAAAACAGCUCAAUAGCCCUGGGACAGGAGGUAUGAUAUCACCGUACCCACUGUACACCCAGUUUAGGUUUAAGGUCACUGCUUCCUACAGCAAGGUUAGAUGACUAGGUGACUCUGGACACAGAUACACAAGGCAAGAACCAGUGUUGGGGAAGCUAAUCUGAAAAUGAAGUUUACCAAGCAAGCAACUAUUUCACACUGGAAGAAGUUAAGCUACACUAAAGCUAAAAAUAUAUAUAAUUUACUUAAUUAAAGUUACUUUGAAAAACUAGUUCACUAAUCAAGCUACUUCGUGAAAAAUUAUCAUACAGUGGGGAAAAAAAAGUAUUUAGUCAGCCACCAAUUGUGCAAGUUCUCCCACUUAAAAAGAUGAGAGAGGCCUGUAAUUUUCAUCAUAGGUACACGUCAACUAUGACAGACAAAAUGAGAAUUCUUUUUCCAGAAAAUCACAUUGUAGGAUUUUUAAUGAAUUUAUUUGCAAAUGAUGGUGGAAAAUAAGUAUUUGGUCAAUAACAAAAGUUUCUCAAUACUUUGUUAUAUACUUUGUUAUAUACCCGUUGUUGGCAAUGACACAGGUCAAACGUUUUCUGUAAGUCUUCACAAGGUUUUCACACACUGUUGCUGGUAUUUUGGCCCAUUCCUCCAUGCAGAUCUCCUAUAGAGCAGUGAUGUUUUGGGGCUGUCGCUGGGCAACACAGACUUUCAACUCCCUCCAAAGAUUUUCUAUGGGGUUGAGAUCUGGAGACUGGCUAGGCCACUCCAGGACCUUGAAAUGCUUCUUACGAAGCCACUCCUUCGUUGCCCGGGCGGUGUGUUUGGGAUCAUUGUCAUGCUGAAAGACCCAGCCACGUUUCAUCUUCAAUGCCCUUGCUGAUGGAAGGAGGUUUUCACUCAAAAUCUCACGAUACAUGGCCCCAUUCAUUCUUUCCUUUACACAGAUCAGUCGUCCUGGUCCCUUUGCAGAAAAACAGCCCCAAAGCAUGAUGAUCUUUUAUACUGAUAACAAGUUCAAACAGGUGCCAUUAAUACAGGUAACGAGUGGAGGACAGAGGAGCCUCUUAAAGAAGAAGUUACAGGUCUGUGAGAGCCAGAAAUCUUGCUUGUUUGUAGGUGACCAAAUACUUAUUUUCCACCAUAAUUUGCAAAUAAAUUCAUAAAGAAUCCUACAAUGUGACUUCUGGAUUAUUUUUUCUCAAUUUGUCUGUCAUAGUUGACGUGUACCUAUGAUGAAAAUGACAGGCCUCUCUCAUCUUUUUAAGUGGGAGAACUUGCACAAUUGGUGGCUGACUAAAUACUUUUUUUCCCCACUGUAUGUAAAUCUGAAAUGUCAUAGACUACAAACAGAUCACUUUACCCCAGUGUUACAGGUUAGCGUGCCUUCAGAAAGUAUUCACACCGCUUGACUUUUUCCACAUUUUGUUGUGUUACAGCCUGAAUUUAAUAUGGAUUGAGAUUUUGUGUCACUGGCCUACACACAAUACCCCAUAAUGUCAAAGUGGAAUUAUGUUAAUUUGUUUUAUUUUUACAAAUUAAUAAAAAAUGAAAGGCUGAAAUGGCUUGAGUCAGUAAGUAUUCAACCCCUUUGUUAUGGCAAGCCUAAAUAAGUUCAGGAGUAACAAUUUGCUUAACAAGUCACAUAAGUUGCAUGAACUCACUCUUUGUGCAAUAAUAGUGUUUAACAUGAUUUCUAAAUGACUACCUCAUCUCAGUACCACACACAUACAAUUAUUUGUAAGGUCCCUCAGUCGAGAAGUGAAUUUCAAACACAGAUUCAACCACAAAGUCCAGUGAGGUUUUCCAAUGCCUCACAAAGAAGGGCACCUAUUGGUAGAUGGAUAAAAAAAAAAGCAGACAUUGAAUAUGUAGUGAACUAGUACAAAAAAAAGUAUGAAAAUGUAUGCACUCUUUACUGUAAGUUGCUCUGGAUAAGAGAGUCUGCUAAAUUACAAAAAUGUAAAUGUAAUAUCCCUUUGAGCAUGGUGAAGUUAUUAAUUACACUUUGGAUGGUGUAUCAAUACAUCCAGUCGCUACAAAGAUACAGGCUUCCUUCCUAACUCAGUGGCCGGAGAGGAACGAAACCACUCAGGGAUUUUACCAUGAGGCCAAUGGUGACUUUAAAACAGUUACAUAGUUGAAUGGCUGUGAUAGGAGAAAACUGAGAAUGGAUCAACAACAUUGAAGUUACUCCACAAUACUAACCUAAAUGACAGAGUGAAAAGAAGGAAGCCUAUAUAGAAAAAUGUCACGUUGUAUAAUGAUUAGAAGACAGGCACAGGAAUACGUAUUAGGGGUUUUAUUACUCCACCCAACACAAACACGUGUAUAUAUAUAUAUAUAUAUACACAAAAGGGAUGUAACCCAAACAAAGAGCGAGGUGUAACUCUACACAAUACACGGGACGAGACCCGUAAACAACAAGAUCACACUUUACGGUACUCACGAGACCAACGGACAAUAAUCAACAAGGACAAUGGGGAGCAGAGGGCACAUACAGUGGCUUGCGAAAGUAUUAACCCCCCUUGGCACGACCACAUGGACGCAGUGCGGGUCGGUCAGGGUGCCGACGGUGAAAAUCCCUGGUCAGCGAAGCGUCCAGGAUGUCCACCGCAGGAACCCAGCACCGCUCCUCUGGGCAGUACCCCUCCCAGUCGAUGAGGUAUUGGAGACGCCCCACCCGACGACUCGAAUCCAGGACUUCACGGACCGAGUACGCCGGACCUCCCUCGAUGUUCAGAGGAGGAGGCGGGGGCGUCACUGGGUCCAGCCUCAGCGAGGGGACCAGGCACCACUGGCCUGAGGAGAGACAAAUGAAAAGUCGUAUUAAUGCGGUAAUCAGCAGGGAGUUGCAAACGGUACGUUACCUUAUUAACCCUCCUCAGGACUUUAAACGGCCCCACAAACCGCGGGCUCAGCUUCCGGCAGGGCAUGCGGAGGGGCCGGUUCCGGGUGGAGAGCCAGACCCGGUCGCCUGGAGAGAAAACAGACGCCUCACUGUGGUGGCGGUCGGCCUGUACCUUGUGGCGACGCAAAGCCCGCUGGAGUCGAGUGUGCGCAGUGUUCCAGAUCUCCUCAGCGCGCCGAAACCACUCUUCCCCCGCAGGGGCCUCGGUCUGGCUCGGAUGCCAAGGUGCCAGGGCCGGCUGAUACCCCAACACGCACUGGAAAGGAGAGAGGUUAGUGGAGGAGUCGCGGAUGGAAUUCUGCACGUACUCAGCCCAAGGUAGAAAAUCUGCACACUCCCCCAGCCGGUCCUGCCAGUAACACCCCAGGAACCUGCCCACUUCCUGAUUGACCCCCUCCACCUGCCCAUUAGCUUGAGGACGGUACCCAGAGGUGAGACUGACUGUGACCCCUAGGCGUUCCAUGAACGCUUUCCAAACGCGUGAUGUGAACUGAGGACCACGGUCUGACUCAAUGUCCUCCGGGAUCCCAUAGUGCCGGAAGACGUGCGUAAAAAGAGCCUCCAUGGUUUGCAUGGCCGACGGGAGCCCAGGCAGAGGAAGGAGGUGACAAGCUUUGGAAAACUGGUCCACAACGACGCAAACGGUGGUGUUCCCCUGGAAGGGGGGAAGGUCAGUGACAAAGUCCACCGAGAGGUGAGACCAGGGUCGUUGUGGAACCGGCAGGGGAAGGAGCUUUCCAUAAGGGAGGUGUCUGGGUGUCUUAGACUGGGCACAGAUGGAGCAGGAAGAGACCCGGACGUCCCAAGCCAAGGCGGGCCACCAGUACUUCUCAGUCAGGCAGGCGAUGGUACGGCCUAUCCCAGGAUGACCCGACACAGGUGCAUUGUGCGCUCAGGAAAGGAGACAGUCCCGCACACCCGUGGGCACUUAGGCGCGGUUCUCUUGGCAAUGUGUAGGUACGGGUUCCGUACGCAGGGCCUGCCGUAUGUCGGCGUCCAUGUCCCACACCACUGGUGCGAUGAUACGGAACGGAGGGAUGAUGGGGUCUCCUCUUCCUGCCUCUCCUCUGCCUGGGUUGGAGCAGGGGAAUUCCCUGGCUUGUCACCUCCUCGCCUAUUAGUGGAUAGAGGGCAGUUCGGGGAGAAAGGACCCCUUUCUCCACCAUAGGAGCAGAGGCCCAGAUUCCUCCUACGCUCUGCCUCCGGUCAGUGCCGAUAUGACUGUGGCAACCCUGUCUCUCCCGGAGACAGCCUCGGCGUAGCGAGCGAGGUACAGGUCGCAUUGCAGAAGGAAUCCCUUGCAUCUCGCUGGCGCGCCGUCUAAGCGCUCGGGGAGGGACAGGGGUAUUCCGCGGACCGGCUCAGAUGGAACGGAGGCAGGUAGUGGUGGUGUGGAGGAUGGUGCCGGAACCAGUCCUGGAGACUGGAGGGACUGCACUUUCCCCUCCAACCGCAGGAUGGUUGCCAGCACGCUGUCCAUGGUGCUGCUGAGUCUGGAGAAACAGUCCUCGUGAUGCUGGACUGUCUCUAUGAUGGUCGCCAGCUCGGCCUUUCCCGCUGUAUCCAUUUUUAUAGGUUGAUUAUUCUGUCACGUUGUACAAUGAUUAGAAGACAGGCGCAGGAAUAAGUAUUAGGGGUUAAAUUACUCCACCCAACACAAACACGUAUAUAUAUACAAAAGGGAUGUAACUCAAACAAAGUGUGAGGUGUAACCUCUACACAAUACACGGGACGAGACCUGUAAACAGCAAGAGCACACUACACGGUACUAACGAGACCAAUGGACAUGGGACAAUAAUCGACAAGGACAAUGGGGAACAGAGGGCACAUAUAUACACAAACUAAUCAGGGGGGAAUGGGAACCAGGUGUGCGUAAUGAGACAAGACAGUCCGGGGUUGGUGGUAAUGAUCCAUGUCAGUGAUGCCUAGAAAGCCGGUGACGUAGACCUCAGACCUCCGGAACUGGUGAACGGAAUGAGCAGCAGUACGGGGGGGAUCCGUGACAAUAAAAAAUAUUCCAAAACAUGCAUCCUGUUUGCCACUAAAAUAAUACAACGUUUUGUUCUUAAUACAAGGGGUUAUGUUUGCAGCAAAUCCAACACAACACAUCACUGAGUACCACUCUUCAUAUUUUCAAGCAUAGUGGUGGCUGCAUCAUGUUAUGGGCAUGGUUGUCAUCGGCAAGGACAAGGGAGUUAUUUAGGAUAAAAAUAAAUGGAAUAGAGUUAAACACAUGCAAAAUCCUAUAGGAAACCCUUGUUCAGUCUGCUUUCCAACAGACACUGGGAGACAAAUGCACCAUUCAGCAGGAAAAUAACCUAAAACACAAGGCCAAAUAUACACUGGAGUUGCUUACCAAGACGACAUUGAAUGUUCCUGAGCAGCCUAGUUAUGUUUUGACUUAAAUCGGCUUGAAAAUCUAUGGCAAGACUUGAAAAUGGCUGUCUAGCAAUGAUCAACAACCAACUUGACAGAGCUUGAAGAAUUUUAAAAAUAAUAAUAUGCAGAUAUUGUACAAUCAAGGUGUGCAAAGCUCCUAAAGACUUUCCCAGAAAGACUCACAGCUGUAAUUGCUGCCAAAGGUAAUUCUAACAUGUACUGACUCAGGGGUGUAAAUAAUUAUGUACAUGAGAUAUUUCUGUAUUUCAUUUUCAAUAAAUUUGCACAUUCACUUUUUCAUUAUGGGGUAUUGUCUGUAGAUGGGUGAGAUUAUGAUAAUUUUUUAUCCAUUUUGACUUCCGUCUGGAACUCAAAAACAUGUGGAAUAAGUAUAUGAAUACUUUCUGAAGGCACUGUAGCCUAUUAAACACAAAAACAAUGUUUCAAGUGAGAAUUUGGCAGGUCUGAUGCCAAAAAGGAAAGGACGUUUUUGCUUAUGUAACACACUAUAGAAACUACUUUAGAGUUACUAUGUACGAUGUGAAAACAGUCUAUUUAGGUUCGAAAGGAGACUGGUAUCUAAAGCAAUGUAAUCUAAUAAGGCAAGGGAAAAAAACAUUCAAUAUCAACUAAAGGAAGAAUACUGCAAGGACUUUGUGACAUACGUUCGAAGUUGAAGUUGAUCUAUUGUUGAAAUCAUUUGUUUUAUAUUUUUUUAUGUUCAAAGAUCAAUGCACAACAACAGAGUAUCAUAACCGUAAUGACCGUAAUUCACAACAAUACAGUUUUGUCCAAUACAGUACUAAAAAAUAAUUAUAAACUGUGUACCCAAUAAAACAUUUAUGUGAGUACACGCAAUUAUCUCAGUUCAGUUCCUACAACGAUGCACCAGUCAAAUAUCCCUAAGUAGAGAUGAAGCAAUGAUAAUGAUUGUAGAAGCUGUAGAUGAUGACCCUCUGUAGAUGGUGAAGUAGUUUCAAGUUUCAUUAGUCGUACGGGAUACGCAUUAUAUACAUCGUCCAACGAAAUGUCUACUUGCAGGUUCCUUCUCAACAAUGCAACAACAAUAAGAAAUAGUAAAAAAUAAGAAUACGAACAUACAGUAAAUGGUAGUGGUAUAGAAUAAACAUUUUAGCAUAAGUAUAAUACAGGAAGGCACAAUUUAUAGUACAAUAUUUACAUGUGUAUUGGGGACGGGGGGAUGGGGGUGCGGAGAAUCAGAGCAGGUGGUCAGUCCAGUUCAAGUGUUCAGCAGUCUGUUGGCUUGUAGAUAAAAACAUUCUCUGUUGGUUUCAGACCUCAUGCUCCAAUACCGUCUGCCCGACGGUAAGGGAGAGAACAGCUCGUGGCUGGGGUAUGUGGUGUCCUUGAUGAUGCUGCGUGCCUUCCUCAGGCACCGUUUUGAGUAGAUGUCCUGUAUGGGUGGGAACACUGUCCCAGUGAUGUACUGGGCCGUCUUCACCAUCCGCUGGAGGGCCUUGCGGUCAUGGACGGAGCAAUUCCCGUACCAGGCCAUGAUGAAACCAGUCAGGACGCUCUCAAUGGUGCAGUGGAAGUAUUUGGAGAGGACUCGGGGCGGCAUGCAUAAUUUAUUCAGCCGCCUUAGGAAGUAGAGAUGCUGUUGCGUUUUCUUGACAAGAGUGGUGGUGGUUUUGGUCCAUGAUAAGUCCUCGGUAAUGUGGAUGCAGCGGAACUUAAAACUUGUGACUCUCUCUACUACAGUCCCAUUGAUGUCGAUCUGGGCAUGUUCCCUCCUCUGCUUCCUGACGUCAACAAUCAACUCCUUUGUUUUGCUGGCUUUGAGGGAGAGGUUGUUUUCAUGACACCACAAUUCCAAUUCACUUACCUCCUCCCUAAAGCAUGACUCGUCAUUGUUGGUUAUCAAGCCUACAAUGAUGGUGUCCUCAGCAAACUUGAUAAUGGAGUUGGUGUUGUGCAAGGCCACGCAGUCGUGGGUGAACAGGGAGUACAGCAGAGGACUGAGGACACACCCCUGGGGGGCCCCUGUGUUAAGAGUCAGUGUGGAGGAGGUAUGGUUGACAAUCCUCACAGCCUGUGGUCUGCCCGUCAGGAAGUCCAGGAUCCAGUUGCAGAGAGUGGUGUCCAGACCUAGGGCAUUGAGCUUGGUGUCGAGGUUGGAGGGAACAAUAGUGUUGAAUGCUGAACUGUAGUCGAUGAACAGCAUUCUCACAUGGGUGUUCCUCUUGUCCAGAUGUGUUGCGGCCGUGUGAAUAGCGAUGGAAAUGACAUCUUUCGUGGAUCUGUGGGCCAUGACCAGCCUCUCAAAGCACUUCAUGAUGACCGAGGUGAGCGCUACGGGGCGAUAGUCAUUUGGCCAUGUCACCUUGUUUUUCUUGGGCACUGGGAUGAUGGUGGUAUCCUUAAAGCAGGUGGGGACUACAGCCUGGGACAGGAACAGGUUGAAGAUGUCUGAGAAGACACCCGCCAGCUGGUCAGCACACACUGUGAGGUCGCGGGGAUGCCAUAUGGGCCCGCGGCUUUGUGAGUAUUCAUUUGAUAGUUUUCCUCACCUGGUCAUCCGGAGCAGCGAGAGUCUUCCUGGAUGGCUCAGUAUUGUCUGCCUCGAAGCGAGAAUAGAAUGUGUUAAGCUCAUCUGGGAGGCUUCGGUGGGCACCGCACAGCUGGAUUUUCCAUUUUAGUCUGUGAAAGUCUGUAGUCCUUGCCACAUGCGAUGACAGUCUGAGUUGUCGAACAUCAAUUUAAGUUUGAGUCUGUAUUGUCUUUUUGCAUCCCUAAUGGAUUUGCGGGAGCUCGUACUGGCUUGCCUUUUACGUAUCGCGCGCCACAGAGUCAUCAGGGUUCAUUCUGCUGACAUUGAAUGCUGCAGUACGGGCUCUCUGCAUUGUACAGAUAUCUCCGUUCAUCCAGGGUUUUUGGUUGGGGUAUGUCUGGAUUGUUAUUGUGGGUACAACGUCAUUAACACAUUUCCUAAUGAAGCCUGUGACUGACAAUGUAUAUAUCUGAAUGUUGAUGGAUGAGUCCUGAGUGGAUGAAUCUUUGGACAUAUUCCAAUCAGUAUUCUCAAAACAAUCCAGCAGCAUUGAGUCUGCCUCCUCUGUCCAGUGCCUCACUAUUCUCUUUGUUGGAGGCUCCCUCUUGAGUUGCUGCUAGGCGGGGAGUAGGAACAGAGAAAAUUGAUCUGAUGGAUGUUUGUGUAUACAUGGUCAAGCACGGCGGAUCCUCUUGUGGGGAAGGAUACCCUGCUGGUGAUAUUUGGGGGAAAUUUGUUUUAGACAGGCUUGGUUAAAGUCACCCCUGACAAUAAAGACUGCCUCUGUGCAGUUUGUUGAGUGCCACCUUGGUGUUUGUUUGUGGCGGUAUGUACACAGUUGUGAUAAAAACACAUGUGAAUUCCAUUGGCAUAUAGUGGGGUCGGCAUUUUAGCAUCAGAAACUCCAGAUUCGGGUGAACAGGAGCUUGCGUUGUUUUCAACUUCGGUACACCAGGAAUUGUUUAUAAGGAAACAUACUGUAGCAGGUGAUGAUGGACGGAGUCAGACGCAGGAAAGGAAAUCAUGGAAUAAAUGGUUUAAUCAAUAAACAGAGGUACGCAGCAAUGCGUAAUACCCACUAGUGCAGACAAACGGCGCACUGGGGGGAAUAAUGCACACGGGUGAAUAACCCAGCGAUACACAAAUAGGAACGAGCUCCACCGAGCUAUAAUCUCCUCUACAAUAAACAAUCACACACAAAGAAAAGGGGGCAGAGGGAACACUUAUACAGGUACUGAUGAGGGGAUAUGAACAAGGUGUGUAUAAUAAACAAGACAAAACAAAUGGAAUGAUAAGAUGAGGAGCGGCAGUGGUUAGAAGGCCGGUGUCGACGAACGCCGAAGCCUGCCCGAACAAGGAGAGGAGGCAGCUUCGGAGGAAGUCUUGACAGUACCCCCCCCCCUCCCCUUGACGCGCAGCUCCAGCAACGCGCCGACACCGGCCUCGGGGACGGCCAGGAGGAUGCGGAGCAGGGCGAGCCAGAUGGCAAUGGUGGAAAUCCCGCAACAGGGAGGGUUUGAGGAUAUCCCUCACCAGGACCCAAUACCGCUCCUCCUGACCGUACCCCUACCACUCCACGAGGUACUGAAGGUCCCUCACCCGACGCCUAGAAUCCAGGAUGGAAUGGACGGAGUAUGCCGGGGACCCUCGAUGUCCAGAGGGGGUGGAGGGACCUCCCGCACCUCAGACUCCUAGAGCGGACAAGCCACCACCGGCCUGAGGAGAGACACAUGGAACGAGGGGUUAAUACGGUAAUCUGGAGGGAGUAGUAACCUAUAGGUAACCUCGUUUAUCCUCCUCAGGACUUUGAACGGCCCCACAAACCGCGGGCUCAGCUUCCGGCAGGGCAGGCGGAGGGGCAGAUUCCGGGUCGAGAGCCAGACCCGAUCACCCAGUACAAAGACCGGGCCUCACUGCGGUGGCGGUCAGCGUUGGCCUUCUGGUGAGUAACGGCGCGCUGGAGGUGGACGUGAGCAGCGUUCCACGUCUCCGCCGCGCGCCGAAACCAGUCAUCCACCGCAGGAGCUUCGGUUUGGCUCUGAUGCCACGGUGCCAGAACCGGCUGAUAACCUAAAACACAUUGGUAUGGCAAUAGGUUAGUGGAGGAGUGGCGGAGAGAGUUCUGGGCAUAUUCGGCCCAUGGCAAGAACACUGACCACUCCCCCGGCCGGUCCUGGCAGUAGGACCGCAGGAACCUACCCACACCCUGAUUCACCCGUUCCACCUGCCCAUUACUCUCGGGGUGAAACCCAGAGGUCAGGCUGACCGAGACCCCCAGACGUUCCAUGAACGCCUUCCAGACCCUGGCACCAAGUAGCGCCGGUCAGACACUAUGUCCUCUGGCACCAAGUAGCGCCGGAAGACGUGAGUAAACAGGGCCUCCACAGUCUGCAGGGCCGUGGGGAGACUGGGCAGAGGAAGGAGGCGGCAGGCUUUUGAAAAGCGUUCCACAAUGACCAGGAUGGUGGUGUUACCCUGAGAGAGGGGAAGAUCAGUGAGAAAGUCAAUACACAGGUGAAACCAUGGUCGUUGUGGAACUGGUAAGGGCUGUAACUUACCCGCUGGGAGGUGCCUAGGUGCCUUACUCUGGGUGCACACCUAGCAGGAGGAGACAUACACCCUCACGUUCUUAGCCAAGGUAGGCAACCAGUACUUUCCGAUCAGGCACCGCACUGUACGGCCGAUACCUGGGUGACCAGAGGAGGGGGACGUGUGUGCCCAAUAUAUCAGACGGUCACGGACAAGAGACUGCACGUACCACAGCCCAGCUGGGCACUGAGGUGGAGAUGGCUCUGUGCGUAACGCCCGCUCUAUGUCCGCAUCCAUCGCCCACACCACCAGCGCCACAAUGCAGGAGGCCAGGAGUAUGGGGGUGUUGUCUAUUUGCCUCUCCUCUGUGUCGUACAGCCGUGACAGUGUGUCUGCCUUCAAGUUCUUCGUACCCGGGAUGUAAGACAGUGUAAAAUCUAACCGGGUGAAGAAUAGGGCCCACCUGGCCUGGCGAGGGGUCAGUCUCCUCGCUGCCCGGAUGUACUCCAGGUUACGGUGGUCCGUCCAGACAAGGAAAUGGUGUUUCGCCCCCUCGAACCAGUGCCUCCACACGGUCAGGGCUCUAACAACAGCCAACAGCUCCCGAUCACCAACGUCGUAGUUCUGCUCCGCCGGGCUGAGCUUCUUGGAGAAGAAGGCACAGGGGCGGAUCUUGGGUGGCAUGUCCGAGCAUUGAGAUAGGACGGCGCCUAUCCCUAACUCGGACGCAUCCACCUCCACUACGAACGGUAGUGAUGGAUCGGGAUGGGCCAGUACCAGGGCUGAGGUGAACAGAACCAUGAAUGUCCCGAAACACCUCGUUCACAAAGGACUGGAAGACUAAUGGAGCAUUCAUCAAACCGUACGGCAUCACCAGGUAUUCGCAAUGCCCCGUGGUUGUGCUGAAUGCUGUCUUCCACUCGUCCCCCUCUCGGACACGCACCAGGUUGUACGCACUCCAGAGAUCUAAUUUUGUGAAGACGCGCUCCCCGUGCAUUGACUCUUCGGACACGCACCAGGUUAUACGCACUCCAGAGAUCUAAUUUUGUGAAGACACGCGCCCCAUGCAGGCCCCUUCCAAAACGUCCACUAGAAGCCAGCAGGUUGUCCAUCCGGAUGGCCAUGUUCACCAGUUGAUUGAAGGACAACGUGGUGUCCCGGCAGGCUAGCUCCCUUCGGACAUCCUCUUGCAGGUGGCACUGGAAAUGGUCGAUGAGGGCCCGUUUGUUCCACCCGGACACAGCCGCUAGAGUCCUGAACUCCAGAGCAAAGUCCUGCGCGGUCCUCGUCCCCUGCCUCAAAUGGACCAGCCGCUCGCCCGCCUCGCUCCCUUCAGGAGGGUGAUCAAAGACGGCCCGGAAGAGGCGAGCAAACUCCCCGUAGUUGUCCAACGCGGCUCCUCCUUCACGGAGUCAGACGCUGGAGAGGAAAUCACGGAAUAAAUUGUUUAAUCAAUAAACAGAGGUACGCAGCAAUGCGUAAUACCCACCAAUGCGGACAAACGGCGCACUGGGGAAAAGAAGGCACACGGGUGAAUAACCCAGCGAUACACAAAUAGGAACGAGCUCCACCGAGCUAUAAUCUCCUCUACAAUAAACAAUCACACACAAAGAAAAGGGGGCAGAGGGAACACUUAUACAGGUACUGAUGAGGGGAUAUGAACCAGGUGUGUGUAAUAAACAGGACAAAACAAAUGGAAUGAUGAGAUGAGGAGCGGCAGUGGCUAGAAGGCCGGUGUCGACGAACGCCGAAGCCUGCCCGAACAAGGAGAGGAGGCAGCUUCGGAGGAAGUCGUGACACAUACCCCUCCCCCCCCGACUCUUACCAGAAGCUGCCGUUCGAUCCAUUCGGAAUAUGGAGAAUAGCAGAGUAGAGUGUAUUGUCCCUAAGCCACAUCUCAGUAAAAACAAAGACACAGCAUUCCCUGAUGUCCCACUGUGAUUGAAGCCUUGCUCUGAGUUUACAAAGUUUAUUUUCCAGCGAUUGGACAUUAACCAUCAGGAUACUAGGAGAGGAGGCCGUGUAGCCCGUCUUUUCAGCCUAGCUUGGAGUCCCCCUUUCCUUCCUCUUCUUUGUCGCCGGCAUUGCCUUAGGUCAUCUCGGCCAGGAGCAACAGGUAGGCCCACUGUGCGGGAAACAAAGGAGCGAAUGCAGUAUUCCAGAUCUGGGAGGCUGAGAGAGAAAUGUGUAGCUUCCGAUUCAUGAUCCAGAAGUGUUUGUCGAUCGUAGGAAAUUAUUGCACUAACAUUCUGAGCAAACAAAGUAAUAAUUCCUUCUACAUCUGCAUUGCUUGCUGUUUGGGGUUUUAGGUUGGGUUUCUGUAUAAGCACUUUGUGACAUCUGCUGAUGUAAAAAGGGCUUUAUAAAUAAAUUGUAUUCAAUUUGAAUAAUUAACACAAAAAAGCUACGCCGAGCAGAAACCAGCAAGACAGGUGCCCUCCUCAGCAUCACCAUCUAGUUUGUAGAAGAUGGCAGGUGGCGCUGGUGCCGUCAAAUCAAACGGGGGGUACAAAACCUAUUCAGUCUCUUACUUUAAUCAUCAUGUAGAGGUUUCAAAAGGAUUUACAGAUUAUGUUGCAAAACCCACAUUCUUCUCCACAAGGCAACUACAGCCGAGCGCCAUUACUGUUCAAUCACUCUCAUACAAAGCAAUGCACAUGUAGCGAUAGCAAAUGCAAAAUCCAAAACGUUCUAAAAUCUAAAUGAUCAUCACUCUCAAAAGCAUACAGUACAUGUUUAUGUCAAUAUCCUGACUGAUUUUAGAUUGUAAAUAUCAUGUGCACUUUAGUUAUUCAUCAAGACAGGCAUAGAAUUUGGCUAGCAUAAAGCUAACUCACCAGGAUUCUCUUUUCAUAAACAUCAAAGGAAAAAACGUCAGAAUUCCCCUCUGGUUCAGCUCACUCUGAUUAUCUAAGCGCUCGAUUCUUCUGUAGUAGUAAAUAUUCAGUAUACUACACAACUUUGUUUCCAGUAAGUUAUCUAAGUUAUCAACAUUCAAUAUUUCUAGGUUUCUUCUAGGUUUCUUUCUGCUUCACAGUUCGUGGGCACUCUCGCCAAAAGGCAAGAGGGAAAAGAGCGAGAUCAGAGAGACCGCAAAAGACAUUCAGACUGUAGGGGUCGCCAAAAAACUCCCAACUCAUAGAAUUAGUGUAAAGAAGUUAGGACCUGUCUUGUUUUGUGAAAACUUUAGGAAAUUACUAAAAUAGCAUGGGAUACACUUACUUCACCUAUAUUUUAUUUUAUGCAAAAAAAAGUAGUAUAUAGUUCCAGUAGUUAGCUACACCGCUACAUGGCAAAAAAAAAACUACCACCAAGCUACUGCCAAAUGUAGUUAAAAUAGGGUAGUGGGUUCGAUCCCCGGGACCACCCAUACACAAAAAUGUAUGCACGCAUGACUGUAAGUCGCUUUGGAUAAAAGCGUCUGCAAAUGGCAUAUUAUUAUUAUUAUUAUUAUUAUUAUUAUUAUUAUUAUAUUAUUAUUAUUAUUAGUAGUAAAAUACUAGUUGAACUACAUGUAUAGUUCACUACUCCCCAACACUGACAAGAACAAUCUGUUUUGUUAUUGUGUAUUGUGUGUGUGCACUGUGCAGUGUCCAUCUAACCUUGCUGUUCAAAAUGGUUGUUGAUUGAUAUAACUUUUUAGUUUUUGGUCAUUUUGUAUCUCUAUGCAACAAUUCGACCUGGAAAUAAUCCAAAAUGUUAAUUAUAUCUGUAUUUAGGAAUACAUUUCCAUGAGACAAGCAUGUCAUUUGAACAAUGUUUACACUUGAAUGUUGCAUGUUUUGAUGUGUUCCUACAGUGACGUUGUAAAGGAUGAGGAGUACCAGUACAGAGUUCAGGUGGAAGCAGACGGUCUCCUCAGUGAGCUCUCCCCACCUCUCCUCUACACCCAUGGAGCUGCCUACUGCGGAGACGGACUACUCCAGAGGUCAGUCAGUUUACACAGUAUUCACAUCACAGAUAUGUCAUAUUUUCUCUCAUCCAUUGUAGACAACACCAACAGUAGAAUGACAAUGUACAUAAUAUAUGAUUAAAUUCAUACUAUUAAUUGAGACACAGCAAUGUUGUAAUCAUGGUAAAAAAAAGUCAACCUUCAUCACUUUGGACAGACAGUUUCAAAUACACAGGACAUGAUGUUAUAUAAAAUCCCUAAGAAGAUCAUGAGCACUAACCUCAAACUUGAGACAAGGAUAGGGAUAGACAGGUUCAUUAAGUUAGCAAGUGUGUAAGUCACACCAAACUACAGUAUGUGUGUUUGUAAUGAAAGUGUAUGGCCUAUGGAGAUGACUGAUCCUUAUUGUCUCUCUCUCUCUCUGUAGGACAGAGGACUGUGAUGAUGGCAAUCUGUUGGAUGGUGAUGGCUGCUCUAAGAAGUGCCACAUGGAGUCAGGCUUCAACUGCAAUGGUGAGUGAAGAACAGACAAGACUGCUCUCCUAAUCCUUGUCUCAGUCUACAGUCUGUGGACUGACCGCAACAGAAGCCCAACUAGACCAUGUUGAUGGAACUCAACCAAAACGGUAAUUGCAAGCAGAAGCUUCAAUUCAAACUCGGUCAAAAUGCCUUUAUAAAGUUGAACACUAGUGUACGUCAAGACAGGUCACAACUUAACACUUAACUAAGUAAAGAGUCAUCACUCAUCACACACAUUAGCUCCAUGCACUGAUUUCAUAUCACAAACACUGUAAUUUGGAGUCAUUCUGCGCUUAACCAUCUCAAUUUACCCAAACUAUGUAUUAUGCAUACAAUAAUCAAAUAUAAUUCAAAACGAAUACAUAUGAACUCAAAGACUCAAACAACACUCACCCAGAGAUGUGAAUUGUGAAGUGUAUUUUUCUUUCCUGAAGUAAGUUUACUAUUACAGCUAGCUUGUUUUGAUUUCCACAACACAACAAUGCUGUCAAGCUGACACACUGCCUUGUCUCUGGUUUUCAUUCAGAGACUUGGCAAGCUUAAAGUAGACAUUGCACACACAGUAACAACAGCAAAUGUCAACCUCACAGUUGCGGUGUUCUUGUGUCGCCUAUAAAUGUAUCCACCAUGCUGGGGAAUGCUUUUGUCCUCUUCCUUUAUGAUCAUGCUCUUAGUUAAAGCAAUGUGUUUUCUUUCAUAUAAAAUGUGUAAUUUGGCUCACAAUAUAGAUCACAAGGAAGUAGGCCUAAUGGUUACUGAGUAACUCAUAUAAUUUAAUGGAUUUACAUGUUCUAUUCUCACAUACUGUAUGUGUGUAUGUCCCAAAUGGCACCAUAUUCCUUUUAUAGUGCACUACUUUUGACAGAGUAUUAAUUUAUUAAUCCCAACUUGGGAAAUUGUUUUAUAACCUCAAGCAUCAUCAAUGGACAAGACAAGAAUCAAUGACAUACACAUAAUAUAUAUAUAUUUUUUAGUAGUGCAUUAUAAAGGGAAUUGGGUGCCAUUUGGCACAGAAUUUUGUGAAUCCAUUACUCAGCUGGGACGUCAACAGACCCUCAAUUUCGUCAAGGGAGAAAAAAGAAAGCACCUCCAUGAAGGUUCAGAGAUGCCGUGACUGAAAGUGUUACAUUUUCUUAGGGAAUAAACACAACUAGCAGGAAAAAAAACUUUGGCAAAAACACAUGAUAAAUUGCAACACAUAUGAAACGGAAUCAUUUCACCAUUCAAGAUAGUGUCUCACUCUCGCUCAGUCAUGCACAAAUUUGCUUCCAUGUUUGGGUAUUCUGAUGCUUGACAAGUUAACUCGUACAACACCAGAAUGGUCAAUGUAUCUGUAGCAUGAACAUCAACUCGUAUUAUCCUGAGAGUGAUAUUGCUGUGACAAACAACUGAAGUAAAAACACAUACUGUACAUUAUGGUCAAUGCACAAUUGGCCAAACAACCUGCUAUGAUGAUAAUGUGGUUUGAUUUCAUAUUGUCUAGACUUUACUUUUGAGACAUAUUUCCAUGGAUUACUUAUGCCAAUUCAAUACCUUGUCAGUGACUAAACUCUCUCCUACCCAUGCAGCUGUCUGUAACAAACAGACAGGGCCAAGUCCAGCCUCUGAUGUUAUGCACAUCAGGUCCACUCAUUAUUAAUAUUUGGUGUAUUACAUGAUGUUUAGCUUUUUUAUUCUCUCUCUUUGAACCUUUGUCAGACAUCUUUAUUAUUGAAGUACAUCUUUCCAGUUAGGUAAUGUUUUCUUAUGACAUCAUCUACUUAUUGUUAUAAAAUGCAAUCCCCCCACCAGACUGGGUUAGUACCAAAUGGCACCCUAUUCCUUAUAUAGUGCACUACUUUCGACCAGCCCUAUGGGUCCUGGUCAAAAGUAGUGCACUAUAAAGGGAAUAUGGCUCCAUUUGGGACGCAAGCUUGUUCACCACAUAUCUUUCCCUCCAUUGGUUCCUCUAGGUGAACCCAGCCUGUGCUACGUGUUUGAGGGUGAUGGUGUGUGUGAGGUGUUUGAGAGGGGCUCCAGCGUACAGGACUGUGGUUACUUCACCCCUCAUGGUUACAGUGACCAGUGGGCUUCAACCGCAGCAGCCUCCUAUCAGGAUCAAAUCAAUUGCCCUGCCCUGGGAGCCACCGGAGAGCCCUCACUUAGCAAGGUAGCAGUGCUUUACCUCUGCCCUGUCCUCCACCUCCUGGAUACAAUUGUUAUCUUUCUGUAAAUGUGACAAUAUUGAGUGUUGUUAUGAAGGUUUUAAAUAAUUACUGUAUGAUUCCCCUUUUAUUAAAGCUAUGCAAGCCCCAGUACCUGGAGAUGAAUGAGAAGCCAUCACAUGACAUAUGGUUUCCAUGCACGGCCCAGCCGUACACUCAGACCCACUCUGACGCGGAAGAUACAGUAUGGCUAAAGGUAGUGUUCUCCAAGCCACCACAGAGGAUGCAUGUGGCACCCUAUUCCCUUUAUAGUGCACUACCUUUGACCAGGGCCCACACACUAUUUGACACUCUCCAAAGUAAUAUUCCAACAGUCAUUUGUUAUGUUCCAGGGCACAUCUUUGUACUUUCUCCCAAUUUGUCAUGCCACGUUUGUCACAGUUUCUGUGGUUUCUGUUGUCAUAUUUUCCCCGGUAUCAUUACCAUGCAAUCUAAUUAUCAUUGAAGUGGGGAACAUUCAGGAACUGAUUAUUAUUAAGUUGAACUCAUUGGGUUGUUAUCAUAAUAACUCUAAUUGUUUGCCCAGGUGGGAUUUGCGCAACCUGGAGUCGCCACGUCUGUCAUCAUCUAUCUGGCCUCGGACGGAGCCUGGCCUGGAGAGCAGUGCAGGAAAACAGUCUUCAUCCAACUGUGUGAUACUGGUGGCAGAAACCACUCCUUGGGUAGGAACUUGAACUACUGACCCUGUUCACCUUGACAGACAAAAGAGCUGACUGACUGUUUGAAUAAACAUUUUCCAAGCCAAGAUGUCUUCACACAUACGUAGAGUUAGGGUUAUGGCUAGGGACGUCUCAAGUCAUGAUGGCUGGUUACAGUGAUGACCAUGUGAUAUUUAAAGUGAGUAAGCAUUCAUGUCUUAUUCCUGUCUGGGGCUCCAUCUCAAUUCCUCUUUUCGCAAUUCCUCGCAUCCCUUCUCCUCACCUACUUCUCAACUGUAGUUGAGGAUAAGGACCAAGGUCCCUCCCCUUGGACCUUCUUGUUCAAUAUGUUUUGAGAAGAUGAGGAAUCGAGGAAAAAUUAAUUGAAGAAGGGCUUGUGUCUGUCCUCAGGUUCCUUUGAGCUGUCGUGCCAGCAUAAUCCCCUGGUGGUGAACGUGACACACAACCUGAGUCAACCCUUCUUCCUGACCACCGCUGUCAUCCUCAACUUCUCCUCGCCCUUCGUUGCCGUGACGGGAGUCGCUCUGCGCACGUCGUGUCACUUCAGCGCCCUUGCCCUCACUGGGUGCGCUGAGGGUGGGGUCUCCUAGGGAUUCCACAUGCACACACACACACGCACAUAUGUACAUGUACAGGCACACACAUGUGCACACACAGACACACACACACACAGUCAUUCAGACAUACACACACACAUACACAACACGUAACAUAGCCGUGCAAACACACACACACACACACACAUACACACAAAGUGUGUGAUAUGUGUUACCAUAUCUGUUGAAAAUUUAAAUAAUCAACAAAAUUCUAAAAACAUUACUCAACUCAUACCUUUCUCUCUGUGUUUAUCCUCUCCCUCUGUGCGUGUGUGAUUGUGGUGGCCCAGCUGUUCACGACGGCCCUGCCAGAUGGACACAUGCAGUCCUCCUCAGCUGGAACAUGCCUCUGUCACCUGCAACCCCGGGACAGAGAGGACUGAGACCUCUCACUGCACUGUCCACUGUCAUCAAGGUUUUACUCUCACUGUGCUCAGUGGCAAGGGCCACCCACCCUUUCAG